GUUGGGUUAUAAGUGAUCCUUGAAUAUUUUAAAAACAUACAAAACGAUUUGUCAUUCUGCUUUGCUGAAGCAAUCGCCAGGGUGAUCUAUUGAACUAAAAUUCCACUUUGACGACUUGUUGAGAAGUUGUAGAAAAUUUAUGAUCUUUAUGUUUUCCCUUUUUAAUGCGUAGAGCCUGGCUGAGAAAAUUACGAGAAGGAGAGAACGGGUAGACAUUUUUUCCUAGCUUGAACCGCAUGUUUCACCGAGGAAUUCUUGGAAUAUUCUCAAGUCUUGAAGCAUUUCAAACACACUGAAAGUGCGAGGUUCUGCGAAAGCAUGGAGUUUUUACAGAAGUUAAAGAUAUCCGGUGGUGUAAAUUUAAGCAACCUACGCCCUUCUCGCGAUAAUGAGCGAGCAACGAGCUUUGCUUCAACGGCGAGCUCGAAAACCGAUUCCAAAGGAGACGUUAGUUUGCCUCCGAGAGGAUCUCCAGCCGCCAAAAAGAUGAAAAUUCUUCUAGUAAUUGAUUCACCAGAUACUGAUUGGUAAGCAUACUUUCAAAAAUAUUCGAAGUACCGUCACCUGAAUUUCGCUUUAUUUUACGUUUGGCAUAAAUUAGUAGUAGUUGUUGGCAGCUUCGAUCAGUCAAUCGUAAAUCAAAGAUUACAUCUUUGAUCCUACUUGUUUCAAUUUAGCGGCCGUUUUUGUUUCAAUUUUUUUUUCAGCCUUACUGAGAUAUUUUUAUUGAAUCGACAUUUUAUCCUUUAAAGCUUUUCCUGUAGAUAUACCAGCGUGAUUAAAACAAAUUCGAUAAUAUUUUCCCGCGCGUAAAUUCUUGCAAUAAUAGUCAUAAUUUUAUCCAAACCCAUUUUUUGUUACAAAAUUUAGUCUUCCGUCAACAAAACAAUUAUUUACCGCGCAUAGAUUCAUAACCCUUUUGCUUCUCUUAAAAAUGAUUAAAACCAUGUAUCUUGCGGAAGAUUUCUGAAGAUUUUUGUUUGACUGUGAUCAUACAUCCCUCGCCCUCAAAAUUUAGACAGCUAUUUAGCUAAUAGCUUUUUUGUUUUCAUACAGGGCCAAGAUUUUCAAGGGACGGCAGUUACACGGAGGCACUUAUGACAUACGAGUCGAGCAGGUAUAUGAUCAGUUUGGUUCCGGUUGCCUCUGUAUAUUUAUAAGAAUAUUUCCUCCCAGUAUAGGCGAAUAUUUUUCAAGUUUCACACGUUGACAUGCGGAGAAAAUAUUAAAGCAACCAGACAGAACAUUGUUUUGUUUACCUUAGAUAUUUAUGAAUUGUGCCCUCACAAAAUUUCUGAUUUUAUUUGUUAUUAGUGACACUGACUCGCGUCAACAUUUCUCGUUAAUGAUGGUAAAUCUUAUUUACGUUUUAAGCUCUACAUCCACGAUUACUCGCUUCCUUGCGGUUUUAAUAUUUUUUAUUAGUUGAAUUAGACGUGCGUGUGGUUUUGACGGUUCAACAUCCCCAUGAAGGAAAUAAAAAAAGGGGGUACUUAGGUCAGCGUAUAAAAACGAUUUAUGUCAACGAUUUAUGACGGUGGGGGGAAAAACAGUACAUGUAGGAAUUUAAUCAAGAAAAUUUACCCCAAGAAUGUUUAACGAAGGAGAGAAGAGAUUUUCGCUCUGACUGCCCUUUUCUGAAAAAAAUGGAGAAGAUAAAAUGGACUUUGCCCAUGUGCAAAACGUUUCUUCUAAUCGCGUAAAAAGCACGAAUGCGGGAGUAAACGUAUUUCAUCCCGUAAAAAAUUUAUAAGAAACGCAAUUUGUGUCCAUUUGCAUUUUUUACCUAAUAGGCAAAUGCAGACAAUACACGACUGAGUCAGCUAGAGAAAAUGAAAAUGUCACGUCGUUUCAAAGUAUAAUUAGUUUUGUUAUUAUAUGCUUCUGAAAAUUAUUUUUCAUUAAAGGUUUCUCUCAGGCGCUAUAGGGACAUCGUUUAAAAUAAACUCGUCCGAACUAACUCCAAGCUACUCAAAUGCAUUCGUCACUGUGUUUCUAUAUCAUGUAUUUUUAAACUUCCCAUCGCUACUUGUGUCUAAUUUAUAGAACGUGCGCCUGCAUGAUUUUUGCAUUCGCAGAAAACUAACUUGAUUAUUACUCACUGAUUAGCAUUAGGUAUUCUGUUUUGAAAAAAAAAAAUAACAAUAAAUAUUCAAUCCCAACUGGUAUAUUUGCUGCUAAACGAGAGGGACAACAAAGUUAUAUUAUGACUGGACGUUUGGGCUUAUCCGAAACCCAUUCACCUCCUACUGUUCCACUAUACAUUACGUGCCUUGUUUCCGCAAUAAUGACCAACCGGCUGACACUUUUCCCGCCAAAACACGGACCGCCCAAUGAAUUAACUCAGUUACGUCACAAACAGAUUUUCCCUGGACAUCUGUAUUUGUAAGGCUGGAAAGCUGGGGUUGGACUUCCUGUGCAAUCAUAUGGCUUACUCUCUAAUUGAACAGUGGGUCUCGUAUCGAUCGAUAUAAUUACUACUCCCAAUCCACCGUAUUUUUAUAUACCCGACUGGUUUUUGCGGGUCCUUGAAAUUCGCAUUUUUCGAGACUGUAAAAAAAUCACGAAAUUUAAUACCCAUAUAGAAAAUUCAAAUAAUAAUUAACAUUGUAACAUAGAAACGAUAUAUAGUGAAAAACACACAUUGCUGACUGGUUUUUCUGGAUAAAGAGGGGCGAAAAGCGAAGUGGAGAACGGGGCGAAAUAAAAUUAAAAAAUAUGAAUAAAUAAAAAGGAAAAAAAAGGAAUAAUAAAAUUUCAAAAAUAACUGAAGAAAGGGCGAGAAAUUAAAAUGAACCUUUGUCUUUUUUUCUUUGUUCCCUCGCCUUCUCUCUCUAGUUUCUUUGCUCUUUUUUCGUGGCCAGUUUUCCUGUCUUUCCUCGCUCUGUUUUCUUCUUCGUGCCAUUUGAACGCCUCGAACCGAUGUGGUUUUCCAUAAAGAAAGGCGCAUUUAAAUUCUCCCAUUUUUGUGUGUUUACAGGCCGAGUUUGGAGACUUGAAUCUAGCUUCGUAUUCGGAUAGUGGAACAAUGGUGGAUAUUCAGGUUUAUCGCGAAGGGACUGUUGUUGUCAGGUAAGCAUUUUCGCCCAACCAUGAGUUCAGCAGCACAGGAGCCUUGUAUUUUAAGCAUGGCCGCAGUAGUUUUGUUUAAACUGAUUCACGUUAAAAAACUGAACGCUGCUUAAGACUACUUCAGUCCUAAUAAAAUUUACUUUGUCAACCUGAAAUUAAGCUCACUAAAGCACAAGUUGAGGUUUUAAAUACUGUCCUUUCCUUGUUUGUUUCGCGUAUAACCACCUUCACGCGAACAAAAAUUCGUGUUGCUACAAUAGAAACGUCAUCCUUUUGUUCUAAGUACUUAGGCCGAACAUGCAAACAAUCCUCACUUGUAAAGUAACAUUUGUACCACUUGACUAAGCCUUCCCUUAACUGGUGCCUUACUGUUCAUUACUUUUAUCCCCAACUUUGUAGCUUCACGUUAGUUUUGUCUAUAACAAUUGUUUUGGACUGUUUUUAGCUCCAGUUCUAUUUUUGAGAAAUUCUCAACUUGAAUCUGACGAUUGCCGUUUGCCGUAAACGUCACUUUAAUUUUUAUAAAAUAACUAAGCUAGUACGCGUGCUCUGAUUGGCCGAGAGGAGUGUUUGUAUUUUGUGGCGUCAAGAUGUUUUGCUUUUCGCGCGCUAAUCACUCAAGCACGAAUUUGAAAAAGUUUUCGAGUUCAAAACUCGACAAGUUUACUUUAUUUACCAAUUCCUCCGUCGGCUGAAACUUGGAAAAUCGUUGCGAAGGUGUGUCAAUUUUUUUUCGCUUAAGCGAGAAAAAUCCGUAUUUUGAAUAGCAUCUUUUUGCAAAACAAGAACUGAUUACACGUGCAAGACGUCGUGUACAAGACUUUGCGACUGGUAACAAUUUCUCUUUUAAUCCGUGCCAUAACAAAGAGUUUUGCGUUUUUUCUCUGGAAAAUUUUUUUAUAAAAGCAAUAGAAAACUUUUUUCCUCUAUUUGCAUAGCCUGAUAUAAACACGAGAGGGGUUGGGAGAAUUCGAGACAGUUAUGCAAACCCGAGACGAAGUCGAGGGUUUGCACAACUGUCUCGAAUUCUGCCAGUAACCGAGUAUACGGGAAAAGGUUAACUCAAGGGUAUAGCACAUACGGGAGGCCCUGACUUUCAUAUUUUAAAUACACUACGAAAUCAACGAUACGAUCUUCGUGCGCGCUCGCUUGAUCGUCGUUUUGACUUGUUAGUCUCCGUCUGAAAUUCUUUAUUGUCGAUCGCUUUCCAGGUCAUUUCGCCCCGACUUCGUUCUUAUUCGACAGAGUGUGCGAGGGAUUGGACCAAAAGAAGACUACCGUAACAUUCUGCUUGGUUUACAGUUUGGAAAUGUACCUUGCGUGAACUCCCUUACGUCCAUUUACAAUUUCGCCGAGAAACCGUGGGUGGUAAGUUAUAAGUAGAGAGUAAUCCGAAAUGUUUAUUUUAGGAUAGUGUCUGGUUUGUUCUUGUUAACCCGAAACCGUUGAAGUGAACAACGAAGGUAGUAACUGAAGUCUGGUUUCCAAAUAGAAUCCAUGUUGCCAUGCGUCUGUUCAGUAAUAGAUCACAGAAGACGUGAAAAUGUUGUAAGCCGCCGACGAGUGUGUCACUGAUGUUCUUACCGCAUUUUACUGUCUCCUUUGAUCUAUUAAGUUAUCUGACUAAUCGUUCUUGUUGCGCUUAAAUGAGCGCAGGCUUAUUACACUUCAACCCCCUUCUGAACCACGCCCGAAUGUGCGAGAUUUGGUCAAACAGGCCAUGGACACACACAAGAGAUCCCGUAACUUUGGCAGGUAAAUUUGCGCAAAGUUUUCCUGGUACGCAAUGAAGCCUGGUUAACGCCUCGCUAACUUGAAACUGCUUAAAAGGCGUUUAUUUAAAACGAAAUUUCAAGUGGGUGGGUGGGGGGGGGCAAGUUAACAUUGCCCCUUUUCCAACACUUUGACUUUGCUUCCAUUUCCCUCGUCUGAGACCAAAUGCGUGUUUUCUCGUGUUCUCGAUGGUGAUGGGCUCACUCCGGUGAUCGAUUGUCUUGACACCUCUUGUUUGACCUCUAAUAGUUCGCUCAACUGAUUCAACUCCAGAAAAGACUGGGAAAGGAUGCAUUUCCAUUAGUUGAACAGGCGUACUAUCCGAAUUAUAAGGAAAUGGUGAGUGUUUAUAAUACUCUAAAUAUAAAUCUAAAGAAAAAAUACACGUUUUGAGAAUAAAGGCGUUCUUCUAUUUUAUCAUUCUACAAUUAUAAAAAUAUAAAAAGAUUAGAUGGUUGAGAUGUACAGUUUUAAAAAGGGUGAAGUUGAUGAUAAAGAGAAUCAGACGUUCAAGAGACCUAUCUAAUCCUCGUUUGUUCCCAGGACAUCUCUUCUUUAAGGGACGGAAGGAAUAGAGGCCCUGGGAACAAGAGUUACCUGAACUGGGCUAUCUCAGUACCUGAAAGCUUUACCCUUAAGACCGCUGACUCGCUUUAGGUAUCUCGUCAAUCACCUUCUUCAACGAAACAGCUACGUUAAUAAGAAUUGUAAUAUACAAACACCAAAAGUAAUACUUUUUAUUUAUUUUCACACGCUGACUGAGCGCGCACGUUAUGAAAGAAGUCUAUAACACACAACGUAAAAGCCAAAAAAAAAAUGCUUUUCACAGUGAACUUAAAAAAAAAUUAAAAAAAUUUAAAGAAGCUUAAAUAUAACGUACACAUAAUUUUUUUUUUUUUAAGAAAAUGCUAUUUUGUUUUUGUUUCUUUGUGGUUGAAAAGCGAGAGCUUAUCAACAUUUUCGCUUAAAGUCACUCCUAAGUUCGUUAGAUAAUGAAAGUCGCAUUUAUGAAAUGCCUAGUUUUUGGACAAGCAUUUUUUGAAAGCAGGCGAUUUCUUCACCCAGCGGCAAGAAUUGCCGCUCUUAUUUUUCACACAAAAGGAGAAUUUUUUCUUGCAAAUGGUCACCUUCCCAUCAGAAUCCGGCACAUUGCACCCGUCGAUCAUAUCAUCACAUGUCUCGGGUUCCGGUUUCAAGCAGAAUUUUUCGAUUCGACAGUCGCAGUUUCGCCCGUACAGCCUCCUGAGCCCGCGGCGCUGUUGAUGAGUGAUAUCUUCCCACAGCUGGUGCCAUUGGCAGCGCCUUAAGCUUAACUUGUUUUCCCGGAGGUAACCAAGCAAAAGAUAGGUUUUUGAGCGUUCGAGUUGUAUACCACAAGCCGGGCCCUCCAGAGGAGUGUAGGCACGAACCAUCCGUUUCCUAGACGCCCUUCGACUUCCUUUAGUGCGGCUUAUUUCAGAAGCUCCCUUGAAAAAUUUUAGGAUUUUCAAUUUGUAAACUCUGCUGCCAAAUCGAGUGCUGUUAUCCACGGUCUCUUUCAAAACCUCUGCUUUGAUGGCUGUUCAGGGAAAACAGAAAACAGAUUACGUUACAAAAAUUCUACUGACAUUUUGAGCGGGAAGUCGCGAUUAGUGUCCCACUCGUUUAGCCAAUCAGAACGCAGGAUUCGCUUGCUGGCUCCUUUUGCUGAGCAAGCCAUGUUGUAAGUCUUGCCAAGUCACUUUGGCUGGCGAAAAUGUUUGCUUGUGGUUUUUACCGAUUCAGUGUAACCUAGCAACAAGAGAUAAACUUCCUCUUUCCGCGCGUAAAAGUAGAGCGCAAGACUGAAUGGAAAGGAUGCAUAAUACAGCCAUCCUAAUUCCCGGCCUAAUUCACUCCGCGCACCUUGUAAAAGGGCGGAAGCUGAAGGUCUGGGAACCAUGCAAACACCAGAAUUUAACAUUCCCAGCUGUCAGCACGCACGCUUGAGAGCUUUUUCACGCCGUUGUAGAAUUAUACUAAAAACUGUGACAUUUUCCCUUAUGUUUACCUUCGCUGCCCAUAAGAAAUUAAAGGUGUCUGUUAUUGCUGACAACUAUCAUCAACAACACGCAGCAAGUAAUACUUUUGUCAUCACGAGACAGUGCAUAGCACCGGCAAAAGUGGCGACAGCGUCUGUUUGUGACCAUUUCUUUGCAACAAAGUCUCUUAGUAACUGAAAGAAACUUAUAAUAAUAUAAUCUGAUAUGCGGAAUCAAUAUUUGAUAAUCUCCGUUCUGAUUACCUCUUUCCUGCCUUUUGUGGCUCUUGUUUCACCCACUGGUCACUGAUCAGAAGCGCAUUUGUUAAUGAAAUUUUUACCCAAUUAACCAGUAGUUACGUAGUUUUCUCGUGAUUUUUGCGCAUAUUUCCGCUACAGCUCAUAAAGCUUUCCUACAAUGAUGAUGGUAUUUGAAAGCGACUGCUGCAUGCUGACUUGUGUAAAUCAAACUUAACCCGGUCAUCUCUUAAUCAUUAGCCGGGUUUCUGCAUACAGUCCAUUUCUGUUUAUUUUCAAACUGUUUUUCGCUACAUUAAACAAUUUGAAACCAUUUCGUGGAUCCGCUAAAGAAUGCACCCUAGCCGUAUGAUUGCUAGGGAAAUGGAGAACACACUUUUUCUCCUGAAUCCUGUGUGGCUCUUAAUCGUCUCUCUUUUCGCAUACAACUGUGCUCAAAAAACGCAUCAAAAUAGGACAAAUUCCACUUAACUUGAAGGUAUUUCCUGUGGUGCUGUUUCUGGCUGUAAAAGGUGUUUCUUUCUCGCUCUUUUUUUCCCGGAAUGAAAGCUACUGAGCAUUAAUUUCCUAAUGUGGCAUUCUCUUUAUUAUGCUGUGAAAGGUGGUUCUAAUUCAGAGUUUGACAAUAAAGGUCCCUAAAACUGAGGAUUCAAAUUCAAGGUGAUGUUAAUUAUCUGUUCUGCUCUACAAGGUAGUCAAUUUGAAACAUUUGGCGGUUGCCCAACUUAAGCAACUUAUCAUAUUAAAGUAGUGCUCAGUUUCUCAUCCCAGAAAGUAGCACUUUAGUAUUCCGUUGCUUUCUUUCAUUAGAUAAGUACUCGGCUUGGGUAACCGACAAAGUAAAUAAAACCGCGACGGAACUGAUCAAUCUGGGGACCGGAAAAAUAACGUUUCCCUCUUGAAGACUGUUGACAGAGGAAAUUUUAACCCUUUUAGAGCUAAUUACGAAAUUAUAAUUAAGAAAAAUACUAUGCCAAUUCUGUAGGGUACAAUGCGGGCACUCAACAGUUUUCUUUGACCUCAUCAUAAAAGAUUGUAAUAGACAAGUGUAAAAUACUUCACCGAGCAUUCUGAAAAGGCUUGGAGAAGUUUUUACAUCAUAGAAUAUUUUUCCGUAGGCUCCAACGAGGCUGUCUCCAAAGCCGACUCUGAUCUUUAAGUGAAAGAUAUUAGGCUAGAAUAAAUGAAGCACAUCCGUUCGGAAGAAUUGUGCCAGUUUCCUCAUUUAUGCAGUGCAUGAUGUCACGCGCCUUGGGAAACGGUUAGCAUCGCCCGAAAUUUUAGAAGAAGACAGCUUGUUCACACAAAUCGGCGAAGUUGUUAUGGGUUUUUUUCGGAAUUCGUCAUUGAAGGAAACAAGCCAUUCGUGCCGAACAAUGUACCGGCAAUGUACCGACAAGACAGAAAACAAAUUUCCUCGUUUGAUGCUCGUACUACUGUAGCUGCGUCUUUUUUCAUGCGCUUGAGUAUAUAGUUCGCAUUCCUACCUUGAGACAUCUGGUGCCUCACUUGUACAACGCAGUCACAGUCCAAUUUCAUACAAUACAGUAUUUCAUUCACAUUUCCAAACAUGCUAAAAAGUUACUUUAAAAUAUACUUCGUUAGAGAAUUCGGUAAUGUACUUAUAGAGUUUCAGACAAAAUCAGACUGCUUAGAAGGAAUUAAGAAAUGCUUAGUGUCUAAAAUAACUAUAGGGUUUUUGAGUUAAAGACCUUACACCCGCCCCUCGAUAUCAGUUCAAUGCCGCCUUUUACAAAUUAUUCGACCUCACUGGUAAAGUUUUCUCGUUAUUUUGUUCGCGGAGUCUUUCUAAAGCGGAUCUUUUAAUCACAAAUGAUCAUGAUAGUAGCGAACUUUGGAAUGUAUCCAUUCCAGGUUAACUCAUGAUGGAAAACUGACUGAUACGAUCGCGCGCUGUCGAGUCAGCAUGAUGAAACUGUAGAUUAUACUCACCAAAGUCUGCUGUGCAGAAGCUCGUCUGUGGGUGGACCACGGCACAUUUGCACGCCUCGCUUACGGUAAUCAUAAAUAACAUGCCUGCGAUAUAGGACAGAACCCCAGCCAUCUCCAACACUAGCUUUCCUCAGCUGCGGACAAAGACUGAGACCAGAAUUGUAAAGCGGGGCUUUUAUUUGGUUCGAACCUACCGAACGAGUAAAACCGGAAAUACUGGUUUGUUAGCUUACUUAUAUGACUACGUUCGGUAACUUCAGUCUUUACUGACAAACAAAUGUUGGAAUUAUCAAUAGGUCAUCAAAAUUGACCCAAGUAUUAUCAAUCAGAAUUGUUCGGUAUGUUUUGACUUCAGUAGCGGCUUGAACAAGUUACGUGAUCGAACAACUGUUGUUGUAUUUAGGAGAAUAAAGUCGAAUCCAGCACCCUCGAGAAAGCUAGGGACAAGUGGCGGUGUCGUGUAAAGUAAAUAAUGAAGGUUGGCCGUAAAUAGAAUUUCGACUGUUAUUUCAGCAAUGAAGUUUUAUUAGUCCUUCUUAGAGUGCGUCCGUAGGACAUAUAGAACACAUUAAUAACAUAAAUCUCUUUUACUUACACUUUUAUCCGAAAUGGUCACGUAUCUUCAUAUUCUUUAUGACCACCGAUCGAAGAGGCGUCAAUUAAAUAGCGACAAUUGCGAUCUAUAAAAUACUGUAUAGCAGAGAUUUCGGUUUACACGUUACCCUUUAUGGGAUCACGUGUGAAGGGACGAAGAGGAGGUGACCACGUGAACUGUGGAAAACGACAGCAAAAGACCUAAAGCCGAGAGAGGCGGUGACAAAUGGGGGUUUUGAAACGUGAGUAUUGAAAAACAGUGAGUUUGCAGCCCAGGUCUAACUAGUUUUCCACUAAAAGAGAUAGAAGAUAAAAUUAAUAAUUUUACCGCAACCGCCUUUGGUUGCUUACGUUUUACUCUCUUUUAGUAUCCACAAUAAAUAAGUAACGCAUAUGAAACUUAACUGAUCUAUGUUAUACAAUGCAGUGCGUGGGAGGGGGAACUACUCAUGAAACUACAGAUCAAGUGGAAAUUUCGCGAAUUUUAGGUAACGAGUAAUAUUUGGAAAAAUUUAUUAAGAAACCUGAGCUUUCAAAAACGUUUUAAUUCUAUUACCGCUGAUCAUCUUGACGCUUCAGUGCAAUCAGCGGAUUCUGCUUCACCGGAAAGCGAGAAUUGAAUUCAUAUCUACAAGCUUACAGUCCAGUUAGAGAAGAAAGGAACAGUGCGUCUCGUUACUGGAACGUUUGACACUGCCUGAAACAAACUGAUACCAAUGAUCUGUCGAGAAUUUUCGUGAGUUCUGGAAAACUGAUUUCAAGAUUUUUAGCUUCUCCAGCCUUAUACUUACUACGGUUUUGAAGGGUCCUUUUCUCGAACGUCCGGUGACUUUUCGGGUCCGAAGCCAAAUAUUAAAAUCAGAAUCUAAAGAAAAAAGCGCGAGUCCUUGCGCUCGUCUACAACUCAGUCCAUUUUGUUUCCCUGUUAACUGAUGGGUUUAUCAUUAAAACCUCGAUAUUGUAUGUGAACAAAACAGCUCUCAAAUUCUGGUAAUUCCUGGAACUUUCGAGAGACAGGUCGAAACAGGCCCCUGGUCACGCGUUUAGUCUACUUUCGACAUAUUAAGGGUCUGUUCAAAUGUUGGUGGGGGAAACCAGCUAGCUGAGGUAACCCGCCUAUUCGUAUAAUCUCUCAUAUUGUCACCCCACCACCUAUCAUGUAAACGUGAUCAAAUUUAAAUGAGAGACUAUACGUAUAGACAGGUGGGCUACCUCACCUUCCUGGGGUCCCCCACCUCCUUGUCAACAGGCCCUAAGAUUCAGCAGUCCCGGGAGUAUAGAACCGUGACCAUGUGCUCGUAUGGUGGAUUCCUAGUCCCCCUGCACCACGCUGCUGGUGUCGUUAAUUGGUCAGGGAAAGUUGUCAUAUUUAAGGCAUUUUUCCGUCAAAUUCUUCUGGCAGACGCCGUUUGAGGCUGGGGGAACUGCAUUCAUCAUGAAUUCAAAGAUACAUUUGAGGAAAAUCAGCUCGAUCGCGUAUUUCAGAGCUUUUCUGCAGUUUGUAGACUGCACCUCUUAAGUAAUGCACUUGAAAUAGAAGAAAAACGAGUCAGCAAGUCUUACGAAAAAGAAAGCUUCAGAUUUAUUGAAAGAUCUAAACGAAAAACACUUUUUUACGUUAACUUUAACCUUUUUAGGACAGUUAACUAGUUACAUUUCACCAAAUCCACUUCGAUUUUAAAAUCAUGCAAAGGGUGUGUGGUUUUUUUCCUAUGAAACUAGCAGUCCUAAUGACUGAAUUUCAUCUCGUCAAACUAGUUAAAUUGAAAAACUAUUACGUCGAGCAACCGAACAAAAGCAGCUAAUAUCAUGUAUAGGUUAUUACAUGCACUGUCCUUAACUCUUUUUACGUCGUCAUAAACGUACGAUAAGUUUAAACUCUUGAAAUAUUGGUAGUAACACUACUCAUUGAUGUAAUAUAGUACGACCAUUCCUAAACUCAAAGACUUUCUAGAUGUACUAAGAAAGUAAUUCAUGAUUCUUUCCCAGCAUGAAAUCCAGCCCUGCUCCACAUAGUGUUCCACUGUUAAUACUCAGUGUUAUAGAAAUUGCUUCCGCGUUGUCGUCUGUGUAUGUAGAAGACUCUAAUCUGUUUUGAAAUUUUUUGUCCCUUGAAAAAGUCAUACUUUAGUAGGAAGUUCCUGGACAUAGUUUUAUAAAUGCUUAAAACUACUUUUUUCCUUAAGUGCUUCGCCAUAUAUAAAAAAAACAAAAACGCUCCCGCAAAGUAAAAGUAGUGAAGAGAUAUUGUAAGUCUCUGUGGGUCGCUAUCUAAUCUACACACUUUGUAAACAGAAUCAUUCAGUGCAAUCUAAUUUUUCUGUCAACAAAAUAUGUUUCGUUCCAAGGUAGAACAUACUCGUUGUCAUCUUUUGUCUAAAAGGUCAGAUACGUAUACUGGUUUCUUUUUGAAGGUUCGAUCCAUGUUCUAUUCCUAAGGGAUCACUAAUUCAUUCAUGCAUUUGUUGUACUCUUCUGUUUCACGCCAUGCGCAUGCGCUUUUGUCGGCGUUUACAAGACAAUAGGAAUGUCUCCAUUCACAGUCACUGUCAUAGAAAUUGCCUGACUUGCGACAUCCCUGUAGCUUCUUACAGCUUUCUGCGUAACACGGUGAGAUCUGACAGUCGCAAUUAUCACCAUAAAAGCGUCGUAUUCCCAUACGCUGCCGUGGGGUAACAUCAGCCCAUCUUUGGACCCACUUGCAUUUACCAAUCCGGAGUUUUUGUCCCGAAAUGGUACCGGUCAACAGGUAGACAGUGUCGUUUGCCAGCUUAAUCCCACACUCUUUUUCGCCAACAGAAGUGUAAGCCUUGGUAAACAAGGUACGUUGCUUGGAUCCAUGAGGGCGAAUGUCCUUUGUUUGAUUCAGGCCAACUGCACCUUUAUACGUUUUUAGGAUCCUUAGAUUGUACACACGUUUGUCAUAGUACUCCCCUGGUACCACUUCCUGGGACAACACUUUGGCGCGAAUCACUAAACAUGAGAAAAAGUAGACAAAAGCAAGAGUCUUUUAACUUCUCUUGAAACUGCAGUUAAAUACUAGUAGGGCCUCAAACGUGAUCAAAAAGAGUAUUGUAGUUCUCCAAGGUAACUGUUAUUGCGGGAAGCUAUUGCUUAUUAAGUUGUGGUGCGAGCUAUGACUUUAAUAACUAACAAUACUAAUGCCAUUGUACUUUCUAACGUUUGAAAAUGAUGGACCCGUUCAAGUUCCUUUUGUGACCCGGCCCGGCACACUCUAGAGGGAAGGAGUCCGGGGACUAAAAUUAGACGAGUCCGGAGAGAGCGAAGUUCCUGAGCAGACAAUUCCCACUCCCCGUUUCUAAGAGAGAAAGAUAAUAAUAGUCAGAAGGCCUUGCUGUAGCGUGCUUUUCGAAGGUAUUCUGGACAUUAUAAUGGUACACAAAUAACGUAGUCUCAUUUCAGGGAGAAAUCAGCACGGCUCAGGGACGUUUCUAAAAAUAAGACUUUAAUAUUUCCGAGGUAUGAUAUACGGACCGACACGUGCAAAAAUGAACGAUUUCCUUUAAGCUUUCAUCCCGAUUUCCCGGGCGAUUUUCCAGUGACCUUUGCAUGCUUAAAGAAUUCAAAUUAUGGAGAUCAGAAGAAAUACAGAGAGGUCACCCGCGGCAAUAUAAAACUGAAUUUAUGUGGGGAGGAGCGUUGCGUGACGACACUAAAAACGGCUGCGUAGCAGACUAAUAAACUGUAUAAAGGUACAGAAAAAUGUUGAAGGUAGGCGGUGUACACGUAAAAGCUGGCGAUUUUCUUCUCCCCAGUUCUCUUGCGACUCUGCUCGCUCGUUUUUGUGGCUUCCCGCGCUCAAACGGAACUACCAUGUUCUUAAAAGGCACUUGAGGACUUGCGGUUAGAGAAAUCUUUGACUGGAAGGCAACAAGGCUCCGCGACGGACGAAGGAAUUUAAAAACGGUAAAUCAAAAACAUGGCCCACAUAUUUGAGUCAAGCGGUAGAUAAAGAAAACAAAACUAUAACAGUUUCAAAACGUGUUUUAAACUGCCGAGCAGGAUGAAAAAGGAAAAGCGUUUAUAAGAGCUUGUUUCCGGGGCGUAAAUGCCGUAAUUGCGACAUCAAGAUAACAGCUGUUUUUUCAAUGGACGAGCUUCAACAGCGUUAUUAAGCUUAAAUGGCCGAUAAAUUGUGUAAACAAACAAACGAUAUAUCUGGAACAUUUCCGUGGUUUUCCGUGACUGAAAAAUGAGAAAAUCUCACCUUUUGAUAACAUUUAAGAUACAGGCUUCGAUCAAAAUCUAACCCCUAAGACUUGCUUGAUAGAAUAAUGGACUCAGUAUUGAAAAAUAUGUUCAACUGACACGUUUUGACCUGGAAACCAAGCAGAGGUGAAAAUAAAGAAUGUGUUUACGAUGACAAAUUGUUUGUUUUGUGUUAUCUUUGGCUGGCAGCCCUUCCACACAGCACACUCGCACACAUGUGGUCUUGACAUAUCACGAAGGGCGCAUGAAAACUAAGGAAGACCAAUAAAUUUUACUAACCGCAGUGAAAACCUUAUAAGUAACGGCAAAAACUUAUUAACUAUUUCCCUACAAUGGGAUAAGUUUUAAUUUUUCUUCAGUUGUAAACAUCUUCAAUUCUGGGUACCCCUAAGAGCCUGGCUUAGAUGAUCGGAGAUACCUUUACUACUACAGAAUCAUUAUAAACGUUUAAAUUAAAGUGGCCCGGAGGUUAAAAAAAAAGAUUUUUUGGCAAGAAUUUUUCAUUUUAACUUAUCACUUGCUCUGGGUUUGUGAGGUAAUCUCUUGCCUGGUCUUCUUCUAAUCCUGCUAUUAAAAGCUGCUGCGGUUCAUUUCCAGCUUAUAUAUUAGCUCCCUACUGUGUCGCAAUAAAUAAAGGAAAUCCUCAGUGAAUCCUGUCGAUUUGCGGCGAAUAUAAUGCAAUAGGUCUACCUAAAUCUGGAGAAACUGCACGGGAAACUAUCAUCUGUGACACCGUUUGGUUUUCCUGGCAGUGAUUUAGAUCAUCGGCACUGAGUCAUACACUAUGAAUAUAUAGCUAUCACGUGAGUUUGUUGAGAAGAAGCAAACUGAUAUCUUCGCCGUGAUGCUUUCUGCAUUUUUUUUCUCGGCAGCGGAUAAAUUCUCCUAAAUACACGGCAUAACCUGUUUUCAAUUCAUGGCCACUUUCCUCUGUCAUCUUCACGCACUUUGAUUUCACGAUAAUCUUAAAUAGUUUCCUAUAUAUUUAAAUUGCAAUUGGUGAUGUUAUGUUCAACUGAAUUUUAAACAUAUCAAUGUUUUAAAGCAGGAGAUGAGAGGUUAAUAUUGACAAUGUGAUAUCCUAAUACUACAAGGCACUGUUAAAAGUCUGGAUAGUUUUGACAUAAAAUUUCCAAAGAAGUUGCUUCGUACCCUCUUUCGAUGAACCUAAAUUAAAAUUUUGCAACUGAAAGUGAACUAUAGGAAUGAUAUUGUCUCAGCUAAAUUUCACAAAAGCUUCUCUCUGCACUGUACUGCAAUGGGCAAAACUUGGGUGCUGGAGGUCUUCCAGAGGUCUUUCGCGUUUCUUUCUACAAAGGGCGUCUUUUAAGUAAGUGCACUUGCCAAUCGGUGAGAAUACUUAUAAUAGCACUUCAAUAUUGGUAGCUUGCUUCAAAGAUGACCAUUUGCUGAAACGUGAUAAGUAUCAGAACUUAAUAGUGAAUGAACUCACCAAAAUGCGCAUCACAAAAAUUUUCUUGGGGAUGACCUGGCUGGCAUGAACACGCGUUGCAAGUAGCCAAAGUACUCAGGAUCAGCGUGGCGUACAUUAGUAGCGGCAUCUUGGUUUGCUGACAGUGUACGGAAGAAUAAACUGAAAACUACUGAGCUAAGAGAGUUCGCUUCUUCCUUUUGUAGGAACUGAUGAAACGUGAUAUCAGAAUUUUUUAAAGGCGUCACGAUAUUCUUUACGUAAUAUUUCCGAGAGUGCUGAGCACGAUAAACGAUCAUGCAGAGGAUAGCUCAUGAUCAUUGGGGGCGUUACGGCGCGGCGCGGCGCGGCGCGGCGUGCGUAUCAGAACCAAUUAUCAUAUCUAUCCGUUGAGAAACAAUUUCAAAGUCAACAUUGCACACAUAACUGCUGAAGAUUCAAUGCUAAAUUCUUCUUUGAUAAGAAGUUGUACGUGCAGGCGGGAAACAUUUUUUGCUAUAAAUAUCUAUUUUUCUGGCUGGGAUAUGUUUAACUCUACGUUUGCCAAGCUUUAUCUUAUCUUUUACGGUCUUUUAAUUUUGGUUUACUUGUCGGCCCUUUGUGUGUCUUUGUUUUUAAUACCAGCUUUUUCUACAUUUUGGAAAAUACCACGUGGAAAAACGAUAAGGCACAGGCACGUUUUGCAUGCAGAUCAGAAAAAUAUCUGCUCCUGAUUACAGUUUAGACGACGGCAUUUAAAACGAAAUACACCAGUUUCCAUAAACAAUUGAAAUGUUUUUAAUCGCAAGAAACAUCAGAUGGUAAUUUGGGCCAGCGGAAGAGAAUUCAUGUCAUUGGGUGAUGCAGGGUCAAUUUUCAGUGUACGCUUAUAUGGCGCGUUUUGCUUGAUUAAAAGUGAAUAGCUUGAGAAUUUUAUAAGGUGUUUCGAUACAGUUUUUGGGAGACGAUACUGAUGUUUUUCAAUCGCCUUAGAAGUGAUUUUAUCCUUGUCCGAUCACCACAAAAUUUUCAACAGUGAUUGACUAUGAAUUGAAGUUUGUCAAAAUGCAGUUUUUAGUAAAAUCGAUAUCACUAUGACAACAAUAAACAAAAAACCUUGAAGCCGAUUUAAUCCGAAUUUCGCUCGAUCUAGACCUGCUACUGAGAAUCCGACACCAGGAACUUAAAAUGUGGUGUUAGCAAAUAACCUCUGUGAGAAGUAAAAAAUCCUGUGUGUUUGAAUUCAAAUAAAACGUAAAUAUAUUUCAAACCUUAUAUUUUCGACAGCCGUGAUGAAUUGUUCAAUGAAAACGUUCUAAAUAACUCAAAUUAAUCUCAAUUAGCAUCAGAAGGCUGCUUAAUGUAAUAUUCGUUGCAUGGAAAUUUUGGUGCAUUUUCUUUAUUAUGAUCCUGAAAACUAACAUGUUUUCCCACCACCUGUCUGAGUGCAACUAACUUCUAAAUUUUGACUUUUAGCGCUUCAUUGUAUAUUUCUCAAACGGCUCGACAGAAUUCUUUUUAAACCUUAUCACUGGGAAUAUUUUGGUGUUUUUUAUAAGUGGUUGCUUAGUAGAGGUGGUCGCACCAUGAGAUUCAAUUACAAUAGGGGUAUAAAUACCACUGUAUUGAUUUUGCUUAUUUUACGACAAAACAUCGCAAGUUAGCUUUUAUUAGUCACAGUCAAAAUGAGGAUACAAUUAAUAAAAUAGCAGACAUCGAGUCACAAUUUUUUUGAACGCCUACAUCAAAUACGCAUCCAAUAAUCAACUGCAUACUUGGUGGAACUUGAAAACUAUGACAAUAUGACGACAACUGUGUUGUUCACCUAGGUUUUUAAAUUAUGACAACCUUGAAUCACUUCUUUAUAACUAGGAUGAAAAACAAUAAUUACAUAUGAUGUAAAUAAUAUCAACCUCGUCCCUAGGGCUUUUUUUUUAAUGUAUAAAAAUUAAGGGGGGGGGGGAAUUGGAAAAUAUUGGAUGUGGGGGUUGUUAAAAUUGAAUAAUUAGUAGACAAAUACCAGAUAGUCCAACACCACAACAAGAUGUCUCUGAUCCCAUUACCAGACUAACUGGUUUAUAUGUAUACCUUUUCUACCCUAAUUUAUUUGUCCCAAAUCAACAUCAUUUCCCUCAAAAAACAAUCAGAAUGCCCACUAAGGCAGCUGGUUAAUGCAUUCAAUAUAAUCAGCAGGUUCACUCCAGUAACAUUUGUUUCUUUCUGUGUUCUUCACACAUUGAGAAUGGAGCCAUUCACAGCCCCUAUAAAAAUACCCCAGCCCUUGUGGCGUAACAUCACAUCCUUUAAGGGGCCUGUUGCAUCCUGGUCUUCCAAAGCACGGAGUAAUAUGACACUCGCAGUUUUGCCCGUAGAUUCCGCUGAUUCCUAGUUUGUACGCGGGCGUAACAUUGGUCCAUUCUUCAAUCCAGCUACCUUCGUUCAGGUGAAAUUUUCCAUUUUUAAUUCGUCCUGACAGGAGGUAUUCCGUCUUGGCGUCGCUUCUUAACACUUUCCUAUCAACGUAAACUUCCACGGUCAAAUUGGUUUUCCCACAACUGUUGCCUUCAACAUUUUUCGUCUGAUUUUCGAGAAGGUCUUCUCCUUUGUAAAUUUCUAGGAUUUUAAGAUCAUAAACGCGAAUCUUAUGUUUUCCGCCGUCUUCUGAGUGGUUUUUGGGUAACACCUUGGCGUGGACAACUGAAUAAAGGAAAAGAAGAGUGAAUUGUAAUAAGAUAAAGUUGCAGUGACAACGUUUACAAUAUUUCAGCCCAUGCUGCGAACUUCGGAAAAAGGAAAUCGCUGUUUCCAUAUGUUGCAAUAUAUUAUAUAAAUAGAACAUAAAUCAAGAGAAGUCUUUUCUUUGUAGCCUGCGAAAGCAGCCGUAUUUCCGGCCUCCGCUUCUCUCCAGCCGUAAACAGACGUCGCUCUCUAAUUUUCUCGGCGUGUGGAAAAAACGCCGAAAACGGCGUCUGCUGACGCAGUCUAUUUUCUUUGGUGAUCAAAUCGUUUCUUCUUAUAACCUUAUUGUAUGAUUGAGAAGUGAUAUUUUAAGGAGAAAUGAGAGGCUGGCCAGAUAAAUUUUCACUUUUUGAUAUGCCUGGAGUUGAAGAAGAAUAUUUGCAAAAUAGAACGUAUCCAUAUAAGGAAGUAAGGUUGACGCCUGAUAUUUCAUCAAAUUUCUGAUGGUUCUUCCGUUCAGCGAAGUUUCACACCACCAACACAAAUUUAGUUCUUGCCAAACCUUUGCGCGCUGUAGGGGGUGCCAAACGUCAUAUUGUCAUAUUAGUACGUGAUUCACCAACAAGCCGCCCCAUCACACUGGACACGAUUUAGUACAAACUGGUUAAGGUACAUUUGACAGGACAUUGCUUUUCAACUUUCACACAGCUCAAAUGGAGAGGUUCAUCACCAUAGUGUGUUUGUUCUGCCAUGGGCAAGUACAAUUAAAAAAAUACGGGGGAAGAGGGUGGUACUUCCAGAUAAAAGUGGUCGGGAUGCUCGUCAACUCGCUUUAUACGAGGGGUGGAAAUUGCAGAUUUUGGUCUCACUUAGGAUCUGAAGCCAACAUUUUUUUGCCGUAAAGGUAUCGCUUAGGGUGGUACGUAAGGAAGUAUCCAUACUUAAAAGGGCAAAUGUCGUCAAAGUUUUGUAGAUCACGACUUCCUUUAGGGUCAAAUAAAACCUAAGCCACACCCAGAUUGGUCACCUUUAGGAGCAUACCCCCGUUACUCUUAUAUGGGAGGUUUUCCCGGGGAGUAAGCUACACCCUAGAGAUACAAAGAAGCAGUCGGAGUAGGGCCAAGAUUGCCAGCCUUGCGAGUCGUCAGUUGAAAAAAAAAUGUUUUACUAGAAUUAGUUGUUUUCCUGGUUGUUUUACAUUAUGUUUUUUAAAGAUUCGUUGAAAUUUCAUGAAACGUUGUCUUCCUUUUCUAAGCUUUAUGAAAAAUUGUCCCGAAAAUUUUGGACGACAGUGGGGUUCGAAGCACGAGUUAGUCCAGCGUGUGACGGGGGGCGUGUGUGAUUCAGCUUCCGCUAGGACGAGAUCACGAGAUAUCCUUUUUGAACUCACGCUGUGAAGGAAUACGUGUUCCGCAGGAACUUCUCGUGUAUUCUUUUUAAAGUUUUCUUUCGUUUUUUACCUAAUAGAAAAUAAUGGCUCGCUGUUACUGGCCUCCGGAAAAAGAAACUCUUCGGUUCCAGGCCGAGAAAAGGGACGAUCAACAAAAAUCUUCCAAUAGUUCUCCGAUCCUAAAUAAAAGGAUUAUCAUCCAUGUUAUGACCUGUUAUUGCGUGCAAGAGAAAAAAAAACUUAAUCCAUUUUAAUGCGUACAAGAGAAAAAACAGUCGGCAAACUAUCCGGGAAUUUUUCUUAUUAACGGUACAAAGACGAUGCUUUCAGUGUAUUGUCCGCAUCAGUCAUUCGUGCCCAUUUGCUUUAUUUUUCAUUUCCUGACAUUUGUGACAUUUUUCUUUGAUUUUCUCCGUCUUUCGAGUCCUUGACCAUUGACCCUGUCAUGGGUAUUUUAAAAUAACGUGACAAGCCGCUUACUUCAGUCCCGGGUUCAGUUCAAAACAUUGCCUCGGACACAAGAAGGUUAACAAAGACACUCACCAAAAUCUGCCGAACAGAACUGUUCUUGAGGAUGCUUCAUGUAAAGAGUGACUGGUUGGCUUUUACCGUACACACAAUCUCCAAAGCUCAUCAGCAGUAGAGCCAAAAGAAUCAAAGACAUUCUUUCUUCCUCUGGAAUUCCCACAACAACGUUGAACUGGCUUGGCUAACUUUUAACUAAUCUACGGUCUUGUCGGUUGCUUUUAUUUUAAAGCACUGGUGAUUUGCGUACUUCCUGUACACAGCAAGGCCACAAUCCUGCUAUCGAAACAUUUGCGCAACAGCCUCACCUCAAGGUACUAGGUGGAGUAAUUAUCUAAUGACGUGACAUGACGUCAUAAGAACGAUUAACCGACGAUAGGAGCAUGUACUUAGCCAUUCCUCGAAUGUCUAACAUCUGAUUUUUUUCCUUUCAUUUUCGAGCCCAAGAACAAUCAUUCAAAUCUAGAGCUAAAGAAUAUAAGCUAAUAAACCAGUCCAUUUUAUUUUGUCAACAUGUUUUCUUGAAAUCCCGAUCUUGAAAUUUAAACAACAGCUUUCCGGGCCCUUAAGUUAUCAGGAAUUUGGCGAGAAACGAGCGCGGGCUGCUGUAUCUUUUAUGAGAACGGUAUUUUAUUAAACCCGAAUAAAGCAGUUUUAGAUAGCACGAGUGGCCAGACUGCUGUGACAGAAAAUAGAAAAAAAUUGAUACUUUGAAGGAAAAAACAAAACGAAGCCCAAAUAUAUCGGAACAAAUGAAAAUCUCCAGAGGUCUAUUAACUACCGGGCUCCUGAGUAGAGUGGAUAGUAGCUUGUAGAAUUAAAGGGCCGGGGAAAGAUGAAAAUUGCCGUGGAGAGAGGGGAAGGUCACUGUUUUUACUCCAUUCCCUCCCUCCUAGCCCACCCUACGUGUUUUUCACCUUUCCCCUCCCGUGACGGGAGCCCACAAUGCAGGCCAGCUCUCUAUACAGCGGUCUAUUCUGACUGCGUUAUACCUUACAGUUCAUCGUAGUUAUUAAUGCCUGGAGGCUCAAGAUUCUUAGCCUUCUGAAUAAGGUGUGCCUCGCACGUAGUGUCAAUUAAGAUUAGUAGUAUGUAUGGUUUUACAGCGGGAGGGGGGGGGAGAGGAGGCGAAGGAAUCUAUAAAAAAUGCUGUGUUAAAAAAUUGCAGUAUUUCACAAAGAGGGAGACUAAUAACCCUGUGCCACCCUUGCUUAUUGAGUGCUUAACAGUCCUCCCAAAUGCAACCAUACCUCAGUAGGCACGCUGAGCUGUUACAAUUUUUUUUUCGAUAAUUUAGAUACAGCGUGACUAAUCCAUACUCGCCUUCCAUUGUUCCUUUUGACAUUUAGUCGUACGUUUUUAUUCCAACUACUUACAUUUGCUACAACAAUGACAAAUGUCAUAAAAUACCAAUUUGACUACACAUGUACAGUUACUUAUUUGGUGUUCGUGAACUGAACACAUAGUCUAGGGGCACCCAACGAGGAUAUAGUUCAAAAUCACUUAACAUAGCAUUGUUGAACGUAUUUUAGUAUUUAAACGGUAGAUAUAGGCAUAUUUUUAUCCCCUAAAACUUUUAUCUGUUAUUUGAAAGUGUGAUCCGUGAACUGAAAACAUAGUAUCUUUUUAGGUAAAUAUCCGUUUAAAAUGGGUAAUUAUAAGAUGUUUGAGAGGCAGGCAAGCAAGAAAUUUUACAACAAAGGUUCCGAAAAUUCUAGUUCUCAAAUCGUCUUCCGAACAGAUAUUUUCCCGAAAAUUGCCGUUGGGUGCCCCUGAUAGUAUCAACUAUGUAUAACAUGUUGUUUAAAGCACAUACAAUAACUAUUUUUACUUAAACACCUCAUUCUCGAUCUUGGUUUGGUGGACUCGGCGUUUAUUGCAACCGGCAGUUUAUUUGAACAUCAAUCGAGAAUAUAUUUUUCAAUGUAAGGACUUAAAAAGAUGUAGGGACACAUAAACGUUAAAAAGCAUCCUGACUUCUCACGCCACUUAUCGUGCAAUGAUGACACGCUUGAGGUUAAGAUUGUUUGAUACGCGUAUUAUAACCUACUCGUCCAGCAAAUGUUACUCUUACUGUCAUCUGGUUACUGUGUAUACAGCUUUUUUCUGAAAGCGCGCGCUCUAAUUGGCUUUUUCGAGGUCACAUGACAAUAAACAAAGUUUUUUUUUUUCCGUCAAAAAUAUCUAAGCGCCCCCCUCAAGCUUGCAAAUUUUAGCUAGACGGGUUGUUAUUGAGAUUGAGCGAGCAACUUCCAUGCGCUCGUGUCACGGCGUUUGUACGGACCAGUUUAUUUUUAGAACGGUUUUGGCGCGAAUUUUGAAUAUCUUCUAAACUCCACAAACCAGUCAGCAAAUUCUGCAGACCUAAAAAUGAUAUUUUUUGCCUUUUAAUAACGUUUAGUUUUCCCUUUUGAUAUCUAAUACUUUGAAUACGCUAAUAGACAUGGUGGAGAUUCUAUUUUUCCGGGAAAAAGUGCCCUAAAAUGCGGUUAAAAAUAAACUGGUCUGUAAAAACGCCUUGACAUAGGCCUAGUAUGGGAGUUGCUCGCUCCGUGUUGUGGGUUCCUGGAUACCAGCAAUAAGGUGACCCUUGGAAGUCCUUUCAUGUGUGCUUUUACUAUUGCUUUUAUGAGAUUUAGACAUUCGAUUUCGCGGUAGAGUUCUUUAACGUACUGUUGGAUUACUCUCACCACUUACAAUUACCAAGCGUACUACUGUAGCUAGCUUUUUGUCUCGAAACCAUCUUUGUUUAUUUCAAGUGGAAUUAAAACCAUUUCGCAAGAAUAUUAUGUGAAAAAGCAUGUCCUACCGCGUGUUUUGUACAGUGAAAAAACGCAGUGUUAAUGCAAGUUCAAAAAUCAAUACAAUCUCAGUAGCUCACGGGAUUCUUUUCAAACACUUCUUGUACUCGCUGGUUAUCCGCCAAGCGCAUGCGUUUCCUCCCCAGUCCCUAACGCAGUAGGAGUUCUUGCUCUUACAAGUUUCCUUCAUCGGCGCACGCCAAUCCACCUUGUGACAGCCCUGUAACAUUUUGCUGCAGUUACUACCAAAACACAAACCGACCUGGCACAUGCAGUUUUCACCGUAAAAACGUCGGAUUCCCGCACGUUGCUUGCGUGUGAUUUCUGACCAUUCUGUCCGCCAAUUACAACUGCCAGUCCUCAGCUUUUUGUUGAGUAUUUGACCCGUCAGAAGGUACACGGUGUUGUUACGCAGGGGAACGUUGCAUGAAGAAGCGUUUGGCGUGGUGUAGAGCUUAGCAAGCCACGUCCGUCUUCUUGAUCCGUAAACUUGAGCACCGUUCGUCUCUUUGACGUCCAUGGCUCCUUUGUAAAUUUUGAGUAUUCUUAAUGUGUAUACUUGUUCUUGAAUAAACUCAACUGGGAUUUUUUCUAAGACGGCUGUCUCUGGUGACUCUGUGAGUAAUGGCUCCUCAGUUGACUUAGAAAGAACUUUGGCCCGUAUGACUGUUAAAACAAUGGUAAAAUUGCUAUUAACCUUUCAAAUCCAAGGAGGUACCAUCAUAUAUUUUCUACUAACAACAUCAGUACAUUAUAAAGGGAAAAGGUUAUAAGAAUUAAUAAAAUGAUCACUUAAGAGAACAGUUCUCUCAGCUAAUGUUGUAAAAGUAGGCAUGGGGAUCAUGGGGAAUCUGCCCAUCUACCCUCCCCUAAGCCAACACUAGCCCUAGACUGCAAAACAGUUUUUUUUUUUCAAAAUCAGUACAGAAACCGGUAAAGCGUGGCGUAAGAGUCUUACGCGCGCGAAACGCGCUAGGCUCCAUCACACGCUUUUAGCGUCUCUUCCCAGUCUCGUUCUUUGUUUUCAGCCUCGUUCCGGACCUUUUGUUUGACUGCUCGCGCGUACUUGAAUACGGAAAAAUACGGACUGCCGUCUACAUUAGCACGUACUUCUCACUUAGGGCAAAAUGUUGGCCUAGGGAAGGGGUAGGUGGGCAGAUUCCCAGAAACAUAUAAUAAUCCGAGAUGAUCAGGGUUAAUGAAAGGGAAGUAAGGUAGACAAAAUAAGGACUCCUUUAACUAAGGAAGGACAAAAAUCGGUUCAUUAAUUUUCAGCUUGUGUAGCUAUCAUCUUACUACAUGUCGUAUUUACUAACACCUAUCGAAGUUUGCAGAAAGGUCUCUUGGUUAGCGUGCUAUGUUUCUCUCGCCUAAAGAACUUCGAUCUAUUUUAAGGACAUCAAACGCUGCGGUGUUUACUUAAUAACAUUUAAAAACUCAUUAAUAAUUCAUAAAGAAAAACAAAAAAAUUUAAGUUUACUGAGUGUCUUUAUAUCUGACAAAGACAUGGUUAAACUUUACGUUCAAUUUUUUAGACCAAAAUAAGCCAAAAUCUUAAUAUUAGUGCAAGAAUGAGUUGAUCUAUGACAGAGAUUCUGAAGCCGUUCAAAAAACUCGCAGUCUUGUAUUAUCAGGUUUAAAAUCGCUCGGCUUCUCAUCGAGUUUCUGGCUCAUUUUUUAAACAGUACAUAUUAACUCCGAGGCAAAGACCCAUUAUUUAUGCAUCCUGGAAACAAGUUUCAUCUUGAUUCUCGAUUUCCAAAUUUAUCGUCCUUUUUAAUUACAAUUCUCUGUUCAUAGCCUCCGCUGGGUUUUUCCUGCCCUAUCUGUUUUGGAUUUCGUCUUCAGGACGUCUGGCUGACGGACGAACGUAGAGCUUAAGCAAAAUUAUAGCAAAAGAUAGCCUUUUACUUGCAUUUUUUGUUACUACAUAAGUAUAAAACACAAACCGAAGCUGACUCAAGUGCCAGAGUAAACGUCUAACUUGAUUGUGAUUGAGGGAUGUCUCUUAAAAAAAACAAUUAAGGAGAAAAUUACGGACCACAUCACUGUGAUUGGGAUAACAACUACUACGAUAGUGACGGUGAUGAUGAUGAUGAUGAUGUGUAAUCUGUUCGGAUUCUUGUUGAAACAAUACAUGGUCAGGCUCGGAGUAGUAUAGAGGCAUCCGAAAUUUUUUGUGUGUGUGCUUCUCGAAAAUGUAUGUCUCCACUCGGAAAUUUAAUAACAGUGGUCUGCUAUUAUAAAGGUAAAUUUCGAGGAAACUGAGGGUAGCGCAAAUGCCAAAGUUUCUUUUCUGUAUGUGCCUUUCGAAAAUGUAUGCCUUCGCCAGGAGUUUUCCUAUGGCUACAGGCAGCCCUGAUUUUUCGGUGGUAGUGAUCUGUUAUUAUAAAGUCGAAUUUCUCUUUGGGAAGCAAGGGUGGCGCAGAGUUGUGUACUCUCCUCCGACCAUUGUGGCCGGCCCAGGGUCAACGCCAUAUGUGGGUUGAGUUUGUUGUUGGUUCUCUGCUUUGCUCCGAGAGGGUUUUCUCCGGGUACUCCGGUUUUCCCCUCUCCUCAAAAACCAACACUUCCAGAACGAACGGACACAUUUUAACGAGUCCUUAAGAACUAUUAUAAAAGUUUCGUGGGAAAAAAAAUUACAAUAUUACAAUCGCUCCCUUUGUCUGAUGGUCAUUAUUGUUUGAAAUUAUAAAAUACGCGUGGACAGUCACAGUUGUCUUUGCGUUUGUUCUAGAAACAGUAGUGUACUGUGAACUGAAUAAUGUCGACCUGUGACAUCCCAGGAAGCAGUCUGAAAUUCGAUAAAUUGUUUACUAAAUUGAUAAUCUAAGCCUUAAAAUCUUUAGUAUCAAAGUAAAAAAAUGAUACGUUGUUAUUUAUGUUAAGCCGUCUGAAAUUCCAGUUAUUUUGAAUCCUCUCUGUUAAAAGAUGUCUUCUUUAAAAAAGGAAACUUCUGUCCUCUUUGUUUUUAAUUGCGGCCUGAUUUUGUUUGCUUAAUCGUCUGAUCCCAUGGACUGUUUGGAAUUCAAUGCUUUGCCAGUGUACAUUUCAAUUUGAAAUAAAAGGAUAUAGGAAACAGUUUUAAUAGUGGAUGACAUGGCGAUCAAGGCUGUGACUAAUACCAUUCGUGAAACUUUCAAGCGUAACUUAUACUACGCUGAAAUUCUGAAAGGGACCACAGAAUAAAGGAUAAUAAUGAACAGAAAGAAUGGCAUGAUUAAUAAAUUUUCUACCAACUUUGAACUUUGAACUUCUAAAAUUGCCGAUCAUAUGCCGAUUCGAUCGCGAAGCCGUACGUCAAACACGAGAAUGGAUGUUUUACCUGAUUUCCAGAUACCUUGUACUCGGUUAACUUUCAACUUAUGACUCAAAAACAGAUCCUGACGCUCUUACGAAAAGAUAGGGGACUGUGAACAGCCUAGCUUGCACUUUGAACCUUGACCAAAUUUUGCACAAAGUUGUUUUUUCAAAAAAUAUAUUGGAGAUAGUUAAUCCUUUCUACUCGAUUCCUUGUUCGAUAAAUAUCUGUUAGUUACAGUCAGAUAACGUUAGACUGGCACACUCAAUUUGCCUGUGAGUUACACUGAGCGCCGGUUAUACCACGAUAGCUCAUAACGGCCUGUAUGCUGUAGCCAUGCGUACUUUGUUUUAUUACGAGGAGACUUAUAAGACCGAUUGGAGUCUAAUUCGGUCUGUAGUCAUAAGAGUGAUUAACAAAAUCGGACGACCAGGUUGCGGGAGUCCGAUUUGUUUUAUCACGAGUAGGGUUAAAGAUCGAAACAGACGAUACGAAAUGAUGUUACCUAUCAAUCAUAUCCACAACAAAAUUUGUAAUAAUUUUAGAUUGUCUUUUGAAUUAAAUCACGUGGUCUUACAAGAGUUGUUUGUUAGAAGUGUCAAAAACAAACAACGUUCAAGUGGGCGUGCGAUGACGCGUACUGUCAAAUAACUCCAUGACGCUAACUGUUCUAUACACCACGCUGUCUUACUACCACUGAAAUCAUGCGGGGCUACUAACAGCCAAUCAGAUUAGAGAAUUUUGUUAUAGUUAUGAUAGUUUUUUUUAAUUCUGAGACAAUAAUAGUAAUAAUACCAAAUUAUAUAGAGCUCAAGUCAUGUCGCAUUAGCUUAAAGCGCUUUAUCACUGUCAAAAAUGGUAAAAUUUACAAAACAUACCAAAAAUAGAAAUAACUUCAUUAAAUAAAAAGAGACUUGCUGCCUGUCUGUUGGUCGAUACAGAGGCGUAUUUACGACUACAAAAGGCAAGUAACUUCAUACUGAGUUUAGUCGCGAUUGGGCCGAGGUAAAUAACGAAGGCUCAUGUCUGGUGAAAACAAUAUUUCUAGGACCAACGCCUCUUAGACUUCCUGUGAGAUCAUUAAUUAGGCGAUUCUAUAUUUGCCGCUUUUUAUCUGUUACUUAGACGGUAUGGACACUAAAAUAAACUGCAGAAUUAUUUUUAUUAUUAAUAUUUUUCCAAAAAAAAACAAUCACAAUUUUCAGACUGCGAGAUUCUUUAAAUAUUUUCUUCAUACUGAAAAGCCCCAGGAACUGGGACUCCGCAAUAGUCACUCCUAGAAUCUAAUCUUAUCUACAUACACUCUCAAACGAAGGACUACCUCCCGUAAUAAUCAGAGCUACUGACUGACGUCUCAGUGGUAAUCAAUGAAUUGGUAGUAUUCGUGGAUUAACUACAAUGGCUAGAGCCUAGAGCCAAACGUUAGAUCCUCUUCAGUUAAUCCUUCUACAACAGGAAGCUGAGCGAAUCUGUACAAUUGUUUGAUGAAAUAAGUUAGGAUUUCCCUGGAUUUCCACCUAAUCAAUAAUAGCUUACAUUGAAUUUACGUGUCGAGGUAAACGCCGACCCUAACUGCCCCGCGAUAGCAUUUAAAAGUUGAGCCAUAAAUAAUAACUGAAUAUCCCUCGAGACGGAAAGGAUGAAGAUAUGUCUUCCAAAGCUGAAUCGCAUCUGCUUGGUGUGACUUAUUCGCUUCGCGUGACUAAUGGGACAAAUGGUGACAAGAAAAUUGUUUCAAGUGGCGAAAUGUUACUGAUCACGUUUUUUUCUAUCUCUCACGGAAAAGUCACGAACGUUUUACUCCACUUGUGAUGAAGAGACCCACCAAGAAAAAGCCCUUCAAAAAGGUAAAAAAAAUCAUCGGAGUGAUCUGUAUAGACGCGAUUUCAACACCCAACUAGCGAGGAAUUUCCGCUGAGUUUCUAGAGAGUGGCGCUUAUGCAAUGAGGGCAAAAGGUCUCUUGUCAUGCUGAUAUAUUUAUCGUCACAAUAAACCAUGAUCUUCAAGAUUGUUAUGUCUAACGUCUAGGAUUAUCCGUUUAAAGAAACAUCUCAUCUAGCUACCAUCUCCAUUCCUUGUGUGAUAAAUGCCAUAGAAGCUAUUCCACCCUGUCGGAUUAGUUUGUCACUUCACAUAUUUUGGUCUUUUGCUAUUAUCUUGGGAUUUAAUCCAGCUUUAAGUAAGGAACUUAUUUGUUAUCGUUUAUUUGGGAAUCGAAAAUAUAACUGCUCGAUAAAUGUCUCGGUGUGUUGUGAAACGUUCCCGUUGAUCAGCGAAUCAUGCCGCGCAGGUACAGCAAAAAAUAUCGGUAGAAUCAGACACCGGUAGAAUCAACCAAAAAGAUGUCUAGCGUGUAAAUUCUUUAACUUUCUCAUCAAAUCGUCUUAAGAAUAUUAGACAACUUAAAACGGCUAAUAAAAUUACCAAAUCUUGUUUCUAACCGAUUGCCUUGCCUAAUACCCCCGCCGGAGAAAAACAGCUUUAUAGCAUGUCUAUGAAAUGCGUACAACCCAAAGGCCAAAAGCCAUACGUUCGUUUUCCGCACGCAAUCAAAUGCAUAGGUUUCAAAUAUAGAAAACGAUAAACACCUUUGAGUGAUAUAGUGUCACUUUUCAGCACAUUGAUCUUUCAGUUGUCUUUCCUCUCGGGUUUCAUUGGUGAAAUAAAUUUGGAUUUUCUGAUAAAAUCUGGGUGGUUGACUUGUCGAAGGGACAAGUCAAACGAUUUGUCAAAUUCACGGACAUAAAAUGGCGAUGAGCAUGUUUCAAUGAAAACUUGGCACUUUGGGAUAAAUUUAGCUUGGGUAAUCGAAUAGAAAAACAAAAUUGAUGUUUUGUUUUGCGAUUGAAUGCAAAUAUUCUGUUUUAUAUAUUGAAUGAAUAAUCGCAAUGUGUGGGAUGGUCUAUCAAGUCAACAUCUAGAUCGAGAGCCGUCUUUAUUUUUGUCUACAUUUGUACGCUGCUGUUACUGCUGCGGUUUAUAAUGCCAGAUUACAUUAUUACUGAGAACAUUGUCCAAAGACACGGUCUCCCUUUUUCGUGUUCAUUUGUUCGUAUUCGCUGUGAAUGAAAAAAGUUAAAAAAAAACGACAACAUUUACAGUAAAUAUUCAGAUUGGGUAGAAAUUCUUAGCUGUCAUUUUCGAUUCCAUAGCCAUGAUGCCAUAAUAUGUACCUGUUGAAGGCAAAAUAUAAAACAAAACCUUUUACUUACCAAAUGCCGAAUUGCAAUAGUCAUUUUGAGGGUGCCUUGGAAGACAUGAACACGUACGGCAAAACCCCGUUGUGAAAAGAGCAUUGCCGAGGAGAAACGCAAAAAUGUAACUUUCCAUCUUAGCUUACACCGAAAUCUUGCCCUUUGCAGUGGGAAGAACUCCAGUGUCAGUUACCGCGUUAGCUGAAUCAGUGUUUUCUUGUUUCCGCUAGCGGCCAAACCAGUCCAAGUGAAAAGGCGUUUUAGUUUACAGUUUUUCACCUUGUAAUCGGAUACGUGGGCGUCUUCUUUCGGGAAAAAUGCGACCCUUAUUUUUCAUGCCCUCGUGAUGACACCAGGUUUAAAAAAAUUAGCAGCGAAUUCAAAGAGGGUAUAGUCACGCUUCAGGGACCACACAGGGCCUCUUAUAUAGGGUUGACAACUUUAAUAGAAUGUUCGUUUUCCGGCCAACUGAAUCAUCAAGACUUCAAAAUCACGCCGAGUUGUACAAUAUAAAAGCAGUUAUUUAAAAAUCUUUUGGAAUAGAAUAUUUGUCGCGACAAUGUGUUUAUUUUAGACUUAAGUGAUUCAAAUUAAGAGAAAAAAUCAAGUCUUCGAUGUCUUAUUUUAAAGGUAGAAAAAUGUUCUUAUCUACUUGAUGCUUUGCUCAUGGAAUUUUAAGGAAGUUAACGCUGGCUUCUCAGUGAAGUAAGGAUGUCUUUAGCUAUAAUCACCCCAGAGAAUUGAAAGAAUUUAUCCCUUCACAACAGAUAUCAUUUCUUCCAGGCGGUUUCUAUCGAGUUACGUGAGUCGCUUUCUAGUACUCAGUUUUAGACAAACACUAGACCUUGUAACGUUUUGUCAAUCCUUUUUUAAAGAGUACAAGAAUACAUCAAUUGUUAUUUUGCAUAUUUAAAUUAUUUACCUUAUCGGAACUUUCAGGAAGUUAUUAAGGACCAAUUUACCGCCAACAAAUUUCUCACUUACAAAACACGUGCCUUUUUGUGUUACUUAACAAAAUUUCGUUCUGUCGUCAGCAACAAAAAAUGUUUUCCGUAUAACUCAUUCUCUCUUGGUAUAAAGCGGUGACCAUUUUUGUCUGUUUCAAUAUAAGGCCGGAUGGUUACGGGAUUUUGCUGUAGUACUAAAAUCAAGUUAAAUCUGACCCUUGGAGAAAGUUUCUUGCCUUUGCGUGUGGUAGAUUAUAUCCUUAUAAAAGGUGGGGUGAUCUCUAGUGAGAUAUUUUUUAUGACUUCAAAAGUGAUUCUUUGGAAUGUUUUUGUAUGAACUGUUAGCUGUUAUUUGAUAUAAGGAGACAGCGGAAAUCUCAAGAAACUUAGGCGGGAAAAUACUUUGAAUAUUAAACUCUUACUAACCAUUUUUCCAAAUAUUUUUCUAUUAUUGAAAUUGUCAAUGAGUACUGGUCUUCUGUAAACACAGUUACAUCGCUGCCACUUAUCGGACCACUAAACAUACCAUCUGCAUUGUCACCGUCGCUGGCAAUCUUUGGUCACCGAGUCACUUUAACUGCAAAGAUUGAGACAACGUGAACUUCACCGAGGGCUACGGUUCUCGCUUAAAUUGUUUUUUUGCCUUUAGACAUUCUUGUGGUUCCGCUGGUUCGGGAAUAUUGGCUUGAAAAGGUGAUCGGCUUGCUGCCAAACUAUCAUAGUUCUAUUUUAUUCGCGGUAAACUCUACUUGAUGGAAUUAAGAGGGAUGAGAGGGUAUUAAAACGAACCGUUGUCAGGUUUCGAAGAUAACCGAAAAGACGUCGAAACUAUGGCCAGGAAAAACAACGGAUCGUCGGAUCGUGACUUCUCGUAUUUUGUUCGCAAUAUUGGUUCAAAGUCUCCAUUUGUGUCUUUGUGUCGCAAGAGCCGAUAUUGAACAGAUCUUGCUCGCGGUACAAAAUCAAAUAUCGACAUCUACUAUUUUUAAAUAUAUAUUUUCGACUAAAUUCUCUGAAAAAGAAAAGGAGAAAAUACUUUAAAAUAAAUGAAGAUAGAGGGAGAUUUUUGAGGUUGUUCAACACACAAAUUUACAGCAAGAGAUAACGAGCUCACUCUACCUUUGUUAGCUUGUUUACAAUUGUUGAACCUGCUCGUCACUUUAAAACUUGGUUAUAAAACAGUUCUUAAGUCGUAAACAGUACAAAACUAAACGGACGUCACGUGUUAGCGAAAUGAAAAUGCAUUUUUGAGUAUAUCUGUAAAAGCUUUGCAAAUGCUUCCAGAUUAAAGAUUUAAAUUAAGCUGUGCAAAUUUAAAAGUUCCGGUGUGUUUUCCUCCUCAAUUAUGUAUCCGGCCCACAACCUGGCUUGAAAACACUGAACAGUUUAAAUGUCUUUAUUUGUAUUUUAUUUGUAAUCUUCGCGAUUUUAGGGGGAAAAAUCGGUUGUCGAUGUAUGUUGUAAUGUAUGCUGUCAAUGCAUUACAGCGCAUCUCUUAAUUCAGUGGAUUACAGGCAGUUGAAUAUAUCGUUGUAGGAUUUUAUCCAGUUGGGAAGAUUAAACCCUCCCUUUUAAAAGUCCGCAACCUCGCAUUUUUCGGUGCUUGCGUUCAUUGCCGCGUGUAAGGUGUUUGCGGUAACGUUCCGCUUAUUCCGACAUAUUUUAUUUGCUGUUUGUAGUUUUAGAGGUGUUUAAAUUACAGCAAGCCGUAAGAAACAACUUUCUUUCGGCCUGAUAUCACUUCUGCUAACUAAGACCAUCUUGUUCGGCAGUCAUACGUUGCACUCCGUUCAAAAAUUGGCCUAUUUAACAUGAUGGGCCCAGUAAGACCCAUUUCGUAUGUCGUGCUUCUUCCCGGUCCAGAAGCACGGAACCAAGAGCACGGCAGAACACGACGUCUGAAUCAGAGUUUUGAACGAAAAGGUCUGCCGUUACGACUCUGGAACGGCAGUGAUUCAAACGUUGUGCUUAUGCCGUGUCGAACUAAAUUCAUAAAUUUCUGAGAUGUGUUUUUCGAAAUGCAUAUAUAUAUAUUUGACCUCUUCCGUCAAGAAGACUAUUUUUUUAUCAAAACCUAUCUCCAAAGUAGCAAAUAUAAAACCUAAGAGUGCAACCAUUGCUUUUUUUUCCUCCAUUCUUCCUCCUUGCUGUUUCUUUUUCUCCGCUUUUCCUUUUCCUUCGCUAAGUGUGAUUUCGAACUUAUUGAGCGCAAAAAACCUGCCUUUUAGCCCUUUGUUAUUCAAAUCGCUGCACAUUUCGUUAGGUUCGUUUUCAAGAAGUCGGCUAGGUAUAAAUUGUUAGUUUUCAGUUCUAUUUUAACUCAUGAAUUCAGUACAUAUUUUGAAGAAUUUUCUUCAUGCCUUCCAAAAUCUCCACUGCUGUUAAAACGCACCUUUGGAGCCAGCACUUUGUCAUCAAUUCCCAGCAGGCAUCGCUGGAGUCUUUAGGACGUUCGAGAAUAUUUAUGCCGUGUCGAACUAAAUUCAUAAAUUUCUGAAAUGUGUUUUCCGAAAUGCAUAUGCAUAUUUUUUGUUUCAUUGACUGCUGACUUGAUACUACGUUCAGAAUGAUUAAGUUCGACUCUGGCACGACGUCUGAAUUGAUGUCGCGCUUCUGCCGUACUUCGUUUAAACCCAGUGAGGGACAACUUGAUCCAAUUCGGCACAGCAGAAGCACGCCCUAUGAACUGGGCCUCAGUGUCCAAAUCUUCCCAGUUUUACAUGUUUUUCUUUUAUAAUUAAGUCUAUCUUAAUUUUUUUAAAAUUCUUUUUUAAAUGAAUUUACUUUCUCAUAGAAAUAGAAAUCUGCAAUAACCUUAUGACGAACAAACUCUGGUUUUGAAAGCUCAGUCGUGGUGCUUUCUUUCUGCGCAUGCGUUAUAUGAUUAAGAUUUUUGGGCCACGCCUUUUUUUUUCUACUCCCUCGCCUUGUACAUAACAAAAUAAGGUUUAACUAGUAGGGAAUGUUUUAAACACUUUAUCGAAUGGCAUUUCUGGCAUGGGGUGUUAGCAUUGAAUUUUUAACAAUCUGUAUUAAUAAUUAUGCCUGUUAUUCUUUAGACUUAAACCAAACGCUUGUGCAAAGCAGCGUGUCUUUGUGCAGCAUAGAAUUUUGACCGCUCCUGAUUUUGAUAAUUCAAAAGUAGCCCAUUGGUAUGGGAUUUCAGAACUAGAAUUAGAGGCCAAACCACAGUAUUUAGAAUUGCAGGCAUUUUAGAUGUCCUACUGUUGACCAGUUACAACAGUUAGAUAUAUGUAAGAGGAUCUUUUGAAACGUUACCGCCAAAUGAAGCCAUUAUGAAAACUAAGAGUGCAACCAUUGCUUUUUUCUCUUCUCCUCCUUUCUUCCUUCUCGCUCUUUCUUUUUCUUCUUUCCUUUUCCUUUGUUAGUGUGAUUUUGGAGCUUCUCGGGCCCAAAAAGCCUGCCCGUUUUGACGCCUUUUCGCUCAAAUGACUGCGAAUCUCGUGAGGUUGGUUUUCAUAAAAUCGACUAGAUAUAAAUAGUGAUAUUUGCAAGAGCUUUCCAAUUACUAAGAGUCUUUCAGUCAUAAAGUAUGAUAUAUAUACAGGUGACUUUGCUUUCAGCACUCUAAUUGUAAUCCUAGGGAUAUAAUCUGAAACCAAACGAGGCUCAUCAUGACUCUUGGUUAAACAGGGGGUGUUUUUGUUAGUUUUAUCUCUCUACAUUCUCAGAGCAGCACUGAUUUACCUUGCACUACAAACAUCUCAUUGCCAACUACACUUUAUUACAUUAUGUCCGAAAUAAACUGACAAAUUCUUGUCAAAGAAUAAAUGAUGUUUUUUUUUCCAAGUUGCGCGAUGGGUUCUAGCUUAUCACACUGAGUGCGCAGAGUCAGUUGAUUUAAUGAAUCUAAAAAAAUGUUCGCGUACCCUUAAGAGGAGUUGUUCUGCUUAUAGUUAUGGGGUCCUGGAAUGACGCCCUCAGGGAUGUCCCUGUUUGAGUUGAUAGAAGUUCCAAUAGAAACCUGAUGCGUUGAAACGAUCAAUUUGAAGAUAAAGUUUUUACAAAAGUCAAAGUAAAUGCUAAUUGUUUGUCUAGAUUUAGAAUCUUAGAAGGGGUUCACCUAAUCUUUAAAUCAAGACAAUUUUAAAUUCUGAACACCCCCUUGAACCUUAUGACUUUCUAUAAAACUAUAUAAAUGCUUAGUUCAUAGUGGCUGAUGCUGUUGGUUGCUCAGUAAAGCUAGUUUACAGGCACCGCAUAAAGAAUUAGUAUCAACCCAUCCAAAUCAAGAACUUAUUUAUCUAUUAUGUACAAAGGAUUAAAAAACCCAACUGGCCUGAGCAACCAGUUGACUCCAUAUUUAAAAUCGUGGUGUGGGGACGGCCCGAGAAGCAAAUAAGAGCGGGAUUUAAACCUGGGUUGUGGUCCACAUUUCGAGACUUGCAUUCUCAGUCCCCUGAUCACACUGCCCCGUUCCCUUCUUGCAGGAUGUGAAUUGUGCUAUUGGACGCCUUUUCCUACGUAAGAACUUGCUAUUAAAUAUUUGCGUCAUUUCACAGCUACAGGCUUGUUUUCGCAGUGUGUAAUAACUACGACACAUUAUUGCGAGGAGAUAUAUCCAACCAGAUUUUUGAAAACGUUGCCACCGAACAGACUUCUUCCGUCAAGAAGUCUUUUUUUUAUCAAAAACUAUCUCUAAAGUAGCCAAUAUAAAACCUAAGAGUGCAACCAUUACUUUUUGCCUUUUUUCUUCCAUUCUUCCUCCUUUCUGUUUCUUUUUCUCUUUUUCUUUUCCUUUUCCUUCGCUAAGUGUGAUUUUCAAACUUAUUGAGAGCAAAAAGUCUGCCUUUUAGCCCUUUGUUAUUCAAAUCGCUGCACAUUUCGUUAGUUUCGUUUUCAAAAAAUCGGCUAGGUAUAAAUUGUUAGUUUACAGUUCUAUUUUAACUCAUGAAUUCAGUACAUAUUUUGAAGAAUUUUCUUCAUGCCUUCCAAAAUCUCCACUGCUGUUAAAACGCACCUUUGGCGCCAGCACUUUGUCAUCAAUUCCCAGCAGGCAUCGCUGGAGUCUUUAGGACGUUCGGGAUAUAUUUCCUUUUCAGCUGCCACCUCCAUUGCCGCAAUAGUGUUGUAUCUCUCAUAGGCCUUGGGACGAUGGUUCCCAGACCCCUCGCAAAGCACCCACAGCAAGGUUCCAAAGGCAUAGAUGUCGUACGAGCGAUCGCUUUCCAGGCUUUUAUGGUUUCUGUACAUCUCUAAGGAGAUGUGAAAGGGCGUUCCCUGCUGUGUUUGCUCGAAAGGCUUCUUAGUUUUGGCCAUGUUAAUCUUAGCUGUGCCAUUUCGGGUUAACUGCCGAAAUCAACAGGAUAACAAAUAUCAGGUAGCGUUAAUUAUUCGCAAUUCUUUUCUUUUUGUGAUAUUAUCUUGAAAUUCCAGCAUGCGUUUUAUUUAUCUAAACGUCAAUGCGUGUAUGCAUAAAAAAGCCUCUUAAAUGUACUAUUUUCUUGUGGUUCCGUACCUUGUCUGAAUCUAGGUUUUGGCCAGUGGGUAAAUCGUUAAGGUGGCGUUAUUCGAAAAAGGGUAUGCACCUGUCCCUGUAUACUUCCAUAGCUGAUAACCGUCGUUACAUUUGAAUUUAGCAGUCUUUUAUUAUAUAUCUUUGCCUUCAUUUUUGCAGUUCGAAAACGUUACUUUAGGAUGUUGGCUAAUUGUUUCGCAUAUUUUCAGAGGCUCGCUUUCUUCAGCAGUGAUCGUUCAUGACUUUCAAUUGUUCUUUCUUUCUCUCUUUCUUUGUCUUGUCUGUUGUUUACACAUGCAAGUCCUUAGAUUAUACAGAGUAGCAGUGGCAAACACUGUAAGUUACGAAAGGAUUGUAUAGUAAUAAGCUGGAAUUGAUUUAUUCUUUCUUGAAUGUUUAUCGUUCGUUAGUAGCCCGUGCCAAAUCCCCGAUGCCCUUGAUACUUACCAGAAUGGAAUCGACUUUAAUGUCUUGAUAGAUAUAUCUCGCUUCGUGAAGAGUCACCAAUCCGUUUGCCACGUCCUCUGCAAUCUUUAGGCGUGUCUUCAAAGAAAGCCCCUGUUUAAGGGCGGUGGUGACAUCUGAAUCCGCCCUUUCCAUUAUUACGUUAAUAACUCCAGGUUCAGGGAAGAGCCAACCAUGCAGAUAGAGAAGGUUACUGUGAGGUUCUUUUAACCUUGCCUGGACUUCCCUACAUCGCGAAAUAAACAGAACGAAAGGUUGUCAGUAUUAUUUUUGUGGAGCGUUCAGUUGUACAAAUUAUAUGUCGCUUUACUUGAAAAGAAAACGGGCAAAAGCGCUUUGCAGUCAUAAUCGCAGUAGGGAUUAACCGGCCGUUGUUCGUCACUUCACGACCUCAUACACAGACCUAUAGCUUUUUGUUUGCGACUAAAACUGCGUAGGUUCGGUAGCAAAUUUGCCACUUUUUUGUUUCGAGAAUGCCUCUCGAAAAGAAGUUUAUGGCUAGCCUAAAAGAUUGAUCAGGGCUGGGUUUGUGGCUGGAAGGUAAUUCUCAGAUCGGAGCUGAAGGAUCAACUCCAGCCUGAGCCAAACUGAACGAGGAACGUACACUGCACCACACCAAGCUUGUGCCAAUCCUACUUACAUGGUGUCGAAAAGGUCCACUGAGGUCUGAGACCAGAUCUCCGGCUUCACCUUUCCGCGUUCGAUAACCUUCGCAACGCUUGCUUCUGGGUGUGUCAUAUUCGCCCAGCCACAGCAGUCAUGAAGUUGGCCGUGUUUUGUGGGUUUUAGAACCGGACCAAGUUUAAUUGGACCUAUGGCUACCCGAAAGUUGAGGGCGAAGGUUUCAACUGUUAGGAGACUCAUUUUGGGAAUGUACAGAGCCGCUAUUUCCUUCAGUUUUUGGGAGACGUCGGCUAAAAAACAUCAUUUGUGACGCGGUUGUUCUUGAUGACAUUAAGCAAGUCACUAUGAAUCAUUUCGAGGCAAUCUGCACAGGCUUUGCAUAGUGACUCAGUAAUUAGCUGGCGAUUGAAUUUGGAAAGAAUUAGCUCGAUGAUUUUUCUUCUGGUUUGCUCAUCCCCUAAUCUGAAGUUGGCUUCGGAGGAUUUCCAUUUCAUUGCGUGAAAUAAUCCUUCAAUGAGAAGCUUUGUGACGGCUUCUCUUAACUUCUUGCUGGCAAACGUGUAGAUGAAAUCAACCCCACUGAGUAAACUGUUCCUUUUUGGCCAAUGCCCAGUUCCAUAAUGUAAAUGAAAUGCUUGGCGAAUGACCAGAUUAUCGAUCAUUUUUGUGUGCAUCUCAACAGGGACCUUUGCCUCCCUCAUGAACUUGUUAAGAGAGCAUCGUAAAACAUUGAAAGUCCAGUCCUGUAUCCCUCCAUAAAUGGUUAUUAAGAAUCGAAGAAAAGGAAUGUCUUCUUUGUUUGGACUGAAUGGGAGCUGGUGCUUGCAGUGAUUCAUCUUGACCAGAUUUUUGAAGAAGAAAGUGCGUGCCUUUAAUUCCUUUUCUGUGUUCUGCUUCUUAGAACAAAGCUGAUAUUGAUCUGCAACUGACAUAAAUCUUUCACGAAGACUCUGUAGGCUGCCAUUUACAAGCUUUCCCAUCGGGUCUUUGUUUGCAAUAGUUGACAUCAUUUCGUCAUGCAAAGAUUUUCCGAUACUUGUGGCCUUGUCUAAUUCCAAAGAGAUUGCAGAUAAGGUUCCUGGAAGAUUGUUUCUUGUUCUUCUCCUCAUAGCCUGGAAAAUGCUUAUCUGCAAGACAAGGAGCUUCUCCACGGCAUGUACACUCUGGCUCCUGAUAUUUUCGUUUAGAAAAGCCAACAGCCCGUCUUCAAAUUUUGCAAAGGCCUUUCUCGCCUUGCUGUCAUUAAUGUGUUCUCUUCUGUCUAUUCGAGUGUUCUUCGCUGAAAUUCCGAAAAAGCGGGAUCCUUUGUCACUGUCAACUAGGAGACCGUGUUCCUUCAGCUGGGAAAAGACCUUGGUUUCCUUGGUUUCGCUGGUUUCUUCAUCCGUUGUCAUUCGUGUUUCUUCGUCGUCGGAAUCGAGGUCGUCUCCGCUUCUGCUGUCGAACGUUUGUGUCUCGGCAGACGUGUCUACCUUGUUGCAGACGAACAUAAAUGACAAAUGCGGAUAUUUAUCUUGCAAGAAACGGAUUGUGUCAAGAUCCUGAAAGAAAUAAAUUGUGUAGACCCGUUUAGUCGUAAACGUGGAAAAAGGUAUGAAGAGAUAUUAUACCGGGGGCUAGUACAACGAUUGUAUCAGGCGUACCCACAAGUCGAACUCCUAUCCCCGAGUGGGGGAUGCAAGGUAGUCUUCGUGUCGUUCAGGUGUGUAUAUUGGUAUCGCUUAGUAUUUUUAGAAUUGACAAAACAUUAAUAGUACUACCUAGGGCGCGGGCUGUGCGUUAAGAAAUAAAAGAAGCGAAGCAAAAAAAAGCAUUCGAUGACAACUUCAUCAUUGUAACUAAAACUACUAUAAAUGUUCUUUAUUAGCUGUUUGAUGAUUACGAUGGCAUUUUUCAGAGGUCAGACAAAGCUUGAGCCAGGACCAGAUUGGUUUCCUCUAUGGGUUUGAUUCAAUUCCAAUUAUCCGAAUUGCAUCCUGCGUUCUUGGAGUAAUAUCCAGGGCUUAAACCCUUCUCCAUUUUCAAAUUAUCAAGCAUUAGUUCAAAAUUAAAAUUUUGCCAGCCCCAUUACGAACACAAGUUUCGUCUUAAACAUUUCUAACCCUGGCUGCCUGGCUCCUCGGGGAGCACCUAAAUCUUGUUAAAUACUCCCUUUAUGACUGUCAAUAUAUACCACAGUGGUCACUGCUUCGAGGCAUUUUUCAUUACUGAAUAAUGAAAAGAAUAAUGAGAAGAAUGAGUCACAGAUGAGAACGUCAACUGUGGUAAGAACAUCGCCACGUAUUUUUUUUCUUCAGUAUCCAGAUGUGACCAGGCAAGUACCAUAAAGCAUCCGGAAGUCACGAUUUUCUUGAAGUUUGCUUUUUGAGAUAACCGCGUCACUUAGCCGUGUUAUUGAUGAAUUAAUUUCUUGUUUUUUAGACAACUCAGAUCAGUUGUUUGAAACAACCUAAAAAACAGAAUUGACAGCUUCUCGGCCAUCUUAUUGUACAUUCCGCCUGGGCCUAAUAUGAUAAUUACUUCGACCUCGACAUAUCGUCAAUUGCAUACUUACUUCACUCAAGAUUAACGGGCAUAUAAAUUUGAUUUAUUGACUCAACAGCGAAGCUUAUACUUACUGAUGACCUCAAGUGCUCGUUUCCAUCGAUGAUAUACACUACAAAUGGAGUGGCUUCUUUCUCAAAGAAGUCAUCUACCACUUCAUCUAAUGCGUCAUUUUCAUUCCUGCCCGGUGAGUCGAUUAAUUCUAUGCCACUUUCUAGAAAUGGAUGAUUCAAAGCAAUUUCGACAGUGCACUUUAGCUGAUCUGACUUCUCCCUGCCCUCAUCGCAAACCACUACAUAAUCUUGAGGAACUCUCUUGCGGAUCGUAAUCGAAGAUUUAGCUAUUUGCCCACUUUUGUCGACAACUCUGACUGUGCUUUUGCCCGGUGUGUAGCUGAUCUUGACCAUACGCGAAGUGCACGGUGUUUCGUGCACGGGAAGGUAAGAUCCACCCAAAAUCUCAUUCAAAACAGCACUUUUUCCGCAGUUUCGAUUUCCAAUAAAAACUACGGUGGGUCUUUUGUUCAAGGCGCGUUUUAUCUCUUCCGCAGUCGUUGACGUAUUUAUACUUGCAAUUGCUUCUUCACUCAUUAUUUCUCGAUCUUUCAUUUCUUCUAAGUACUGUUUGGUCUCGUUGAGUACUGUGGUUGCUGUUUCAGAACACAGUUUUAACUCCUCGAUGGCUUCCAAUUUUUUCUGCAUUUUAUGUCUUUUUGUGAAACAAGGAAGCUCGCUUCUUACAUACCGACAAUCUGUUAAGUGUGAUAGAGUGAGCGAAAUUGAAAGGGCAUCUGACCGUGGAAACAUUCACGAUAAAAGGUACUUAAAAUUGAAUAGAAAGGAAUCAUGAUUAUUCAUUUCCGUGAAAGCUUGAAAUAGAAAAUUAAGUUACAGUCUAGUGAUUAUCAUCUCGCUGGCAGGUUUUUGCUCUUUGCAUUUAUAAUUCAAGAAAGCCAAAAGUCAAGAAUGAAUGCAAAUCAGUGUAACUACCCAUACACUCUUCGCAAAAUUUUGGAUUUUCAAAGCAACAGUACCGAUUCCGGCAGUGCAGGCAGCAUACAGUACGGUCACGAGUAAAUUGAACAUUAAGGAACCGUGGGGUUGCUACCUCCUAGUACAUUUUCACAACUGGUUUGACUAUAAUGGGGUUGCAUUUUCAAUAGAAUUACUAGAAUGGGAUCGCACAUUUUCGGGGCUUUGAGGGUGAGAAAAUUCAUGUUGGUAGGGAUUCAAAACUGGGAAGCCGUUUUUACUACAUUAGGUUUCACAAAUGUGUCAAGUCAUUUCAGAAUGACCUAGUUUAAAGGCUUUAUAAGGUAAAUGCCUAAACAAAAAAUGGCUAAUAUAAGUUGGGAUCGCGAAAAUUACAAUAUGGGGUCUAUAACUGGCCACAGAAUAGACUAUAAUUGGAUAGGGGUGCUAAGUAAGCCAGCGGCACAUACCCAGCAAAAAUCAACGCAAGUAGCCCCCUGGGAUUAAGUAUAUCACCUUAUCAAUAUGAGACAAAUAUUGUAAAUAAGGACUCGCUGAUAAGCUUUCUCUUAAGGCUAAGGCAAGACUAUACUAAAUACCCUCGUGGGUAAUCGUCAGGUUUUCGGCCAGGUAAGCUUGCUAUUUUAGUAAAGACUGUCAUUGUUCAAACGGUAUACCAUCUGAAUGGGGUCCCGAAGGGCAAAUUCCGCGCUCACUGAGUCGUUGUAUUUGAUCCUCUGAAAUUUGUACCUCAAGUAAACAGAACGUUGUAACUGUCUAACGAUUAUCUAGGUAAAGAAUAAAAAACUUGACUAACUUCUUCGGUUCUUGACUUAUUUUUUUGAGCUCCCGCACACAAAGUUUCAAAGUUUUCUGAUCCAGGUUUUUUCCCAUCGGAUGGAUGAAUGGGAACCGAAAGAAAUAAUGGAAUGAAAGAAUGAAAAAUGAAGUGAUGAUUACAAGAGAGAGGCGCCUCAUAAAACCUCUGUUGACGUAUAUCUAAUGUAAUAAAUCCCCAGAACGCCUUCAUUCUCAGAACGCCCUUAUUCUCGAUGUUUCUUUAAAAACAGAAAUGUCGUUACUGUUCGUUCUAAACAUUUCUCCGUUUCUGUUUGGCUUACGGGCUGAUUCUUUAAUUUACUUUAAUUUGUAAAUAAAUCACUGAGAAUUGGAUGGGGUUGCCGAGGCCGGGGGAUCACCUCUUCUCCCGAUUCAAGCCAAUCGUUUCAUGGGGCAAUCGGAAAUAUAUCGACAACCUUGAAUAAAAGACAAGUAUAACAAAAUAAAAUGAGAAGGGAAACUAUCUGCCUCAACUGACGGAAAAACAACGUCUCGUAUUCAGCGUAUUGCAUGGUUACGCCGUGCCCCUGGAAAGGCUAUGGAAAGCAUUUUUUCAAUGGGGAAGUGUUGAGACAAAACAAUUGCAUCUUGAACUACAUUUUGUCGCUAUGAUAACGUGAAAAUAAAUCGUAUUCGAUGUACUGAUGAAACAAAUAAAUGUUGAUGUGACCUUGGCGGUUUAAUAGUCAACCUAAGUGGCUGAAAAAUUACACGAAAAAGUUUUUUUCGUUCAUCAAUUUUCGCCUUCUUUUUCAGUCUCCUAGUAUGUUGAAAAUAAAACUGCAAAGAUCACAUUCAAAUUCAUUGAGGUAUGUUUUUUGACCACUCUUUUGUGUAAUUUCUCGCAGUUGAUCACACCGAAAUUUCCUGUCGUUGUUAAAGUCGGACAUGCAAAUGGAGGCUACGGAAAGGUAUGAAAUUAAUGUGGUUUAAAUUCGAAUUUGAUUAGAGGUCUUGGAAAUAGUUGAAUGUCUAAUCUUAUUAUAAUAUUGAUUAAAUAAUUAUUCAACAAAUCUGAGACAUCGCGCUCAAAUCUUCAAACCAUGCAGCCAUAAUCACAGGUGAUGCGUCGGGAUGGAAAUUGUGCGUACAGUAACAAGCCCGCGACUGAAUACCGACAGUCGCUUCUCCUUGUCCCUCGCCAGUAGGGACGUUUCACGGAAGAGACUCGUGAAUAGCGGCAUGCAACUGUACCGUUCAUGGGUUCGAUUUUUUUAAAGCAAAACUAUUUCAGAAGCAAGCUUAUGUUUAUUUUCCGUUUUCUAAAUCAAGAGAGAUCUCGUCUCAAAACCACAAUUGCAUGCUAUGGCCUGCGGUGCAGCCAGCCCACGUAUCGCAUAUAGUGUGGAUAUAGUCCGAAACAAGGUUUAAAGUGUCCGCGCGCAGGCUAGCCCUGCCAAUCUUUUUACCAUGUUAUUUUGCAUUAUAGGGAAAUUCACUAAUUUAUUAAUAAUUACGACAUCUCUUAGAGAAUUCUCGAGUCCAUAGACAAGACCUCACUUUCGUUCCACAACAAUAUGUUUGCCGUUUGUGUGUUUAUAUUCACUGAAUAUUUCAAGACAAAACAUUUGAGCUUCCUGUUAAGAAUUGCCUGCUACUUAGAGGCGGAAAGACCCCUAAGCAAGUUUUAAUUUAUACUUUCCGAAAAUGUGAUAAUUCAGUGGUAGGCCAUGGUCAUAUUUACUAGAUUUACGGAAUUAAGGUUCCUUCCUCUUUUCAACUUACAAGAUAAAAAUAACCAAUUGAAUUAACAAUUUCACAACUUACCGAAAAUGUGAUAAUUCAUUAAGUAUGUCUGGAAUUCCACUUUCAGAAGUCGGCCACAAAAAUGUUCUUUCCUGUUACCUAGCUUAGAGGCACAGUAAUUCAAGUUCCUUUCUAAAAAGCAGAUAGAGUAUUUUUCGCCCCUUUUAGUUUAAAUACCUUUCAGACCCACUGUAGAUAGUAGACAACACAUCCACUCUACAACAUGAAACGUACAACGCAUCGCAUAAGCCCUGUUUGAAUGUUUGUAUAGUAUAUGACCACGCAACCAGACCCUGACUAGCUGUCCUUGACGAAUUUCACGAAUCGGAAAUAAACCCACUCAAUUAAAACACUUUUACGAGUGUCUAAAGAAUGUGUCUGAAAAUGCAUCUCUGCGACGAAUAGUCUUACUUUUUUAGGUACUCCUAUGUGGGUUUACCGCUAAGGCAAGACAAAGAAUAAUACUAAGACGUAAAAUCGUCAUUCCUCUUACGGUUGUGUUUGUUGUUGUUGUGUUCGUUUUUAGCGCAAUUGACUUGUCAUUCAGACCAGUAAAGCCGGGAAUCACGAAUGUAUUCUACAUAGUAUGGGUAAAACAAAAAUGGUAAUCGUUUUGCUAAUCACGGUAGCCAAUCCGGAAGCCCAGAGCUUUACUGUCUGUCAUUAUUCUUCACGGUUGUCUUUUUAGGUUUGUGUUCACAAUCAUCGCAGUUUCCAGGAUAUCGCGAGUAUUGUUGCUCUGUCAGAUACUUACGCCACGACGGAGCCCUUCAUUCCUGGCAAAUGUGAUGUAAGGAUUCAAAAGAUUGGCACUCAUUAUAGGGCCUUCAAGUAAGUUCUUGAUCGGUUAGAGUAGGAUGUGGUGUUGCUUGGUAAGGGUCUGGGCACGGGCUAGGGACCACAUGUGAUGUCAACCAAACACUAAAAUGAGGCUUUCCCUUCCCCAUCCCCUGUACGCAAUAUUGUGCUACUCACUAUUCGACUGAGUUACCUGUGGGAAACAACAAACACCCCAAAUUUGAAUUGAGGGGUGGGGAGGGGUGUAGAUUGUUUUGUUCUUCGAAGUUACUCCAUUUGAUGACAGUGUCUCAACAAUUUUGUCGCCGAUUCGUGAACGAUUCUUAGUAAUCACCCAAUGGUUUUUCAAACCCUGUGGCGAUACAUUUUUUGUAAAAAAAAAAAAACUUUCACCUCUGUUUUAAGUUGGUUUUAUCGACUACACUGAGCUUACCUUGCCAAUCAAAAUUGUAAAAUGCACGUAUGAUACAUUUACUAAUCAAUGUGUAUAUUUUCUAUUGUAUGCGUAGGAGAACUUCAAUUUCCGACAACUGGAAAACAAAUACUGGGUCAGCGGUAUUGGAGGAAAUUGAAAUUACAGAUAGGUAGCGAUAAAAUCCAUUUUUUAAGCUGUUUCUUACUCCUUUUUUUUAUCUUAAUGUUUACUCAUUUAAAGAAGCCUUCCGUUAUUCUCACGUUUUCUUUACCCCUGUUAUGCUUCACUUAUACCCAAGUGUUUUAUUUCCAAUGCGACGUCAACUUAUUUUCCCGCGCUUUUGGCACCGGCCACGUUUUGCAAGUUUUUCUCCGUCUGCAACAUUCUUUCCAUGCAAACUGUACAUUCAAGUCACCAGUUUCUCCAAGCACGCCGCCAUCAACAACAUUGCUUUCCCGAACCUGGAAACUCGUAGAUGUCAGUGGACAAGAGAGAAUAAAUUAGAAUAGAUUGUCUUCUCUUCAGCAAAGUAGUGAUGCUGACUGCAGCUAGAAUUGCUUGAUAUUUCAUUGCAGUUUGGUCACUUUUAUAACCGCUGCUUUUUAAUAUAUUUUUUUUUUACCAAAUUCCCUUGCAGGUAUAAAAUGUGGGUUGAUGAAUGCAGUCAGUUAUUUGGAGGUGGUCUUGAUAUUAUGUGUGUAGAGGCCAUCGUAGGAAAAGACAACAAAGAAUACAUCAUCGAGGUAAAAUGUUCAUAACAUUCCGUUGGUUUUACCAGAAUCCGUAAAAAAAACGUCACAGGAAACGAAAAAUGCUUGACAAAGGAACUGCUUUUUUCGAUUUCGUACCUAUACUUAAGCGCGGAUAAUGAAUUUAGAUUUCAAUGUAUGACAUGAAGAAUUCAUUUGGGGUGUCAAAAAUCUGGGACAGCAGAAUGGAAAUUAUUCUAUUUUCUUGGGCCCAUGCGCCUUUACGAUUGCGUCUUUGUGUCGUAGGUGUAAAACGUGGAUAACGCAAACGCAGACACAGCUGCUUGACAUAAGCUUGUUGGCUCUGGUCAGGAAACCCCUCUUUUCCCGUUUUCUUGGUUUCAUGUUUGACUCCUUGAAAUAAUCACGAAAUCACGCCAAAUUUUAUACUUUUGCGCCUGCGUACCUUAUGCUUAUCACACGUGUAAUCAUGGUUGCUCUUUUUUUAUUUUGCGUCAUGCAUGUAAAGCUGUAACCUUCACGCCCUCACCUGGGUGGAUGAACGACAUGACCUUAUCUAAAAAUGAUCGAGGCUUAUUAACGUUCUUCCUUAUUUUGCAUCUAGGUGAACGACACUGCCAUGCGUCUUUUCAGUGACACACAGGAUGAAGAUCAGAGGAGAAUUGCUGACCUGAUAGUGGAAAAAAUGGAAAAGCAGUAUCCCCCAAAACUUGAGCCUAGCACUGCCACAGGAGCUGCACUCACGGGUAACUGUUAUAAAUCACUCCAGAGUUUUCAUUGUCGAUGUCCAGAACAAAAAAUAAUCUCUGAAAUCAGCAAGCCUAAAAAAGAAAACCCUUCUGAAAACACUACAUAUAAAUAGUUGGGAAUUUAAGGUUUCGGGACAGAUGAACCUGUCUGGAACAUGGAAAAGCUAACCGUGAAGAGAGGGUUUCAGAGUGUGGCCAGAGGUAUACCACCGAUUUUUCCCUGGCAGAGGGUUGAAUUAUCUUUAUCAAACUGUUUUUUACUAAGUCAGUAAGAGACGUGAGAUUUAAACUUCAUCUUCGUUAGAAACCUUCUUCAACCUUUCCUACGUAUCGUGCUCUUAGCCGCUGUAGCUUUACUCGACUGAAUGAAGCUUUGUGGUUCCUUGAUUUCAAGUUUUAUAAAGUAGGCGUUUAUUUUGAUUUCUUUCCACACUAGCAGUCUUUUUAUGCGAAGAGAUAAAAAAAACCUCCGAGUAAGGAUUAUGGCUUCCUCGUUCCGAGUUUCUUUAUCACGCGGAAAACAGAGAACGCAGGGUGAUAUGGGAAGGAUAACGACGUGAAUUGUUGCUAUGCAUCGUUCCCGCGAUAAAACGCUCGAUGCGUAAGUAGGGGAAAUCUUGGAAUGAGGUAGUUUCGCAGUAAUCUCCUAAUCUCCUCAGUUUAUUAAAAUUAAAACUCCUCCUGUGUUUUCUUAAAAGCUUGUUAAAUUAAUCUUAUCUGUCUGACUAUUAAAAUGUCUCUUUCUUCCUUUUUCUGGUGUUUCUUCCACUGUACUGUUCUGUGCGGCAGAUAAUCAGUCCAGUGAGGGUAGCGGUAAGUGUUGUGAACUUUGUCUUCUUCUUUCAACUCACGCACUUACGCAGAGCUGGCACAUCAUGGGUGCCCUUUAUAUUAAUGUCGGCGAGAUAGCUACAUACUGUUGUGUUUUGUCUGGGUUGAUUUCAAAGGGGAUGAAUGGUCAUGUAUCCGGAAAGGACAUAUUGAUCUGGUUUAUCCUCAUUCCAUAUUAUAUGAGUUACUCCGUAUACUCAAAGUCUUUUCAUCUCCAAGAAACUCAGAAACUCAUAUUUCGAACUCUCAAUCAAGGUUCAUUCCAUUGGGCUUCAUUAGCUCAACUGGGGCCGUAGUGCUUUGAAACGGGUCGUUCCAAAGGGCUGGCAUCGGGAAGGUUCGAAUUAAAGUAACUUAGACUGAAUUCUUUGUCACUGAUCGCGUUAGGUUGGUCAUACAACUGCGAGGAUCGUUUCCCGGCCACCUUUCAUCUGUUGUUCUUUAUCUGUUUCACCUGUAGUGCACAUUAUAUACAUUCUGUAUCCAGAUUUACCUUAGGGAUAAUGUUUACUAAGGAACGUAAACGAAAUAUGUGAUGUUGCGUCAGUGUUAGUAUACGAUGCGAUCCUUUUGUAAGGGUAUUGUAAUUUCAUUCAGUAAAAAGAUGGACAUUUAGCCAAAUGGAUCGACAAAUUUUCUUUGAGCAGUUAAAGACAUAAGAAUAAACGAUAUAUAUGUGUCAAACGACACCAGCGUCAGAGUAGCCUAUUACACAAAGACUGACAAGAUUUCAAAUUUGGGAAGGUGGAGGACUUAUGUAAGUCCCUGAAGAAAAGGUCGUUUGCAGUUUGUUUGCUGAAAUUCGGUGUGCAAACACUUUUGUUUGGCUUUUGUAAUAGUUUUCCAAUACUAACAGGCGCUUUACUUUAAAAAGUAUGGUCACUAACUUUGGAUAUUUCCAUCAAUUUGCAGGUGCUUUCAAAGUCCUUGGCGGAUCCAGCACACCAUCUGCAUCAGAGGGAGCCACGAAGACAGAAAAGAAGAAAAAUGGCGGACUAUUCAGUGGACUUAUUGAAUAA